AUGUUGGUGUUUUCUUUUAUUGGAGGGGGGGUGUCUGUUUGGCGGGGUUACCGCACGGCUUUUAUUGUGAGGUAUUUUGUUUCUCAUUUUCUCCCUUAUGUUUCCCUGGAUGGUUCUUUGCUCUUAAAACGAGUCGCUCGCAGACCCCUUGCACUGGACGGAUAAUUUUAUUUACUAAAUUUCCAUAGCAUAUUGUUCUCGCCAGAAGAGAGAGAGAGAAUCCUUUUCCCGCGCUUAAAAUAACGGCGUUUUCUGAGAGAGAGCGCGCGCGGUUGGGCAAACGAGGAUGACGCGCUAAGAGAAUUUUAAUGGGGGGGCGGUGGAGGGAAAAGAUUCGCCAACCACGUGACCGGCGCUGGCGGGAGAACCGUUGGCGUCGAACGCGCCCUCGUGACGCCACAAGAGCCCCGCGUGCCUCCUAGGCGUUCGCCCGGCGCCGCACAGGCGCGCGCAUCCUCCUCCUCCUCUCUCGGGUCCCCCUCGCGCGUGGCGCGCGCCCCGCCCGCUGGCCUCCUCCUCGUUUGCUUCCGCCCCUUGUUUCCCCUCCCUUCCCCCAAUUCCUUUUUUAACAUUCACUUUCUCCCCACCUACCCCCGCGCCCCGCUCCCCUUCGUCUGCGCCGACGGAGGGAAGGGGAGCGUCACUUUGGGGGGGGGCGCGGGGUGGGGUGGGGGCGUUUGCCUGGCGCCCCUCGGACCCCUGGCUGGCCCAGGGGCGGGGGGGGGGGCGAAAACUAUGCCGCGCCAGGAGCUGCUGGAACCACCCGAGCAAGCGAGGAGCGAGGGCAACAGGCCAUGAGGAGCGACCACCAUGGAAGCCAGAUAUCCUUCCUCGGCUGUUUUCAUUCCCCAGCACCACCGGGGGAGAGUUAACGACGUUGUAUAUGCAUACAUACACAGUCCUUGUGGUGUUUGCACAUACAUAUAUCCAUGCACAUACUAUACACACACACACACACACACACAUACACACACACACACACAUAUAUAUAUAUAUAUAUAUAUAUAUAUAUACACACACCCACACACCCAAUUGCAGAAUUGCACAUGGCAGGGGGCAGUCUCACCCGCUGCUUGGAAGUGCAUCAGUAACUCAAUAAUAAUAAUAUAAUAAUAAUAGGGUGCUGUGGGUUAAACCGCAGAGCCUAGAGCUUGCCAAUCAGAAGGUCGGCGAUUUGAAUCCCCGCGACGGGGUGAGCUCCCGUUGCUCAGUCCCUGCUCCUGCCAACCUAGCAGUUCAAAAGCAUGUCAAAGUGCAAGUAGAUAAAUAGGUAAGGUAAAUGGCUUUUCCGUGCGCUGCUCUGGUUCGCCAGAAGCGGCUUAGUCAUGCUGGCCACAUGACCUGGAAGCUGUACUCCGGCUCCCUCGGCCAAUAAAGCGAGAUGAGCGCCGCAACCCCAGAGUCAGCCACGACUGGACCUAAUGGUCAGGGGUCCCUCUACCUUUAAUAAUAAUAAUAAUAUUUUUUUAUUUAUGCCACGCCCUUCCUGGUUCAGAAAACCGGGCCCAGGGCGCGGCUAACAAAUUUAAAACACUUACUUGAUGCAACAAAAACCAGCAUAAAAUACAGUAUAAAACGUGAAUAACAAUAAAUUCAGAAUUCAAAAAUUAGUUUAGGGGAGAAAUCCAUCCAAUAAACAUUAGAUGAUCACCAGGGCUAGCUGGCUAAAUUAGUCCUAUUUGGGCCAGCGAGGAGACCAGGGGAGAAUUAGCUGUGGGAUCCCAGAGCGGGUAAUCUUCAUAAAAAGGGGAGGGGGGAAAGGAAGGGGAAUAAAAGAUCAAGCUAAGUUCAAACUCAAGGCAAACCAUUCCUGGGGAAAUGGGAUAGAGCUAUUCCCAGGUAAGGAGCAUUGCACCCUGCUCAACGUACCGGAAAACUCAAUGAACUGCUUUGUGUCCCCCCCCCCCAUGAGACCACUCGUGCUCCCUGUUGGAGCGAUGCUUCAUUCACAAAAAUACUGUUUUAAGUGGGUAUCCACAUAUGCAGCCUGGAGCUGCUUUGCAAGGAAGCAUGGGAUACCUGUGUGGUGAAAUUGUUAGGAAAUUAUGUUCUGUUGAUAUGUAGAAUUUGCAAGCCCCAUUCAGGAUUUCCCUGCACCAAGAAGUUUGCAAUAUAAAGUCUGGAAGCAGAUAGAUCAAUCGGGGAGUCCUUAUACGCUAUAGUGCUAAAGUUCUCCAAAAGGAAAUGCACCACCAAUACAACCCCCAAAACGAAUAUCUGGGCACUUUGGAGGCAGUUUAUCACUGCAGUACUAUAUGGCAGAAAACCCUCUUGAAUGCAAUGGGUUGAACUUUCAGAAAUGUUUCUGUAGGAUUGCAGCCUAUACAAAUCUUUGUGUGUUGAGGUUUGGAAGUAUAUUGGACCCUUAAUACAGUCCCAGUGGGAAAAAAAUACAUAUAUCACAGGAACCUUUUAAUCUUUGCUUUUACUAUUAUUGCACCCUAUCUUGUGUGUUACUAUUAGCUCUCCAUUUAUUUAAAUUGUAUAGCUUUGCUCUACAGUUGCAGCAAUUUUUACAGUGCCUUGGAUUAUUCAUAGAUAACAAAAAUAGCAGGAAAACGCAUCUAAAACAGUGGUUUAAAUAACAAAACAAUAUUCUUCAAUGCUCCCACUGUUCACUUUUAUAAUCUAAGUGACUUGGUGCAGGAACCCGUGGGUUGUAUCUAAGGUGUAUUUAGAGUAGACUACUGAAGUUUUACCUUUUUUUACUGAAGUUAAUCAAUGUGUGUUAGUCAUGUCUAUUAACCUCAAUGGGUCUGCUAUGAGUAGGACUAGCAUUGGAUAAAACUGUGUGUAAUGGGAAGGAUGGCAUUGGGGAUCCAGCACAAUCUGGCUAAGGGAGAAAAAUGAUAAAUGCUUAAUAAAGAUUGCUGAUUUCCUUAACUAGCUUUCCAUUUACGUGGUUUUUAAACGUCAUCCAUGACAAGUUUAGAAAAGGAAAGAUUAAUUUUGAAAGUACUUUGGAAUUGCUUACUAAAUUUGACAUCCCCUUCGAUUAUGUUCAUGUGAAAUACAUUUUUAAGGUGAGAAAACCUGUAUAACUGAAUAGGAUUGGAAGUACUAUUAAUCUGCAAACUAUUACUUUAAAAUAAGGUUUUAAAGAUGAAUUUACUAUAUGUGGAAAUACCAAGCAUAUUAGUUUGUCACUGAGUUAAAUGAUAUUUGGAGACAUUACUCUUUGUUCAGUAUUGUAAAAUCUCUGUCGGGGACUGUGUCAUUACUAUGUUCUGUACAGUGCUUUCUAGCACAUUGUUGGAGUAACGUCAUUACAUAUUAAACAGUACUAGCAGCAGCAGAGCGGAGUAGGAAAAAACUUGUUGCAAAAUCGACUUUUCCUCAAGCUAGCAAUAUUUGGUCAUCACCUUCUGGCACAUUGUGGUCAUGUUUUGCAUUGGCCUUAUACAUUCAACAUCUCAAAAGUCUCGCCUCUUUCAUUCAUAUGGCAUGUUAUAUGCUGAGCAUGUCAACCAAAAAUGCCAUAGCUUCCCUCCCCACCCCCUGCUGUGUCCCCAAUCCUGAAGUUUGUAAUACUGUAUGGAGUUUCAAUGGAACUUAAAGUUUGGCCCUCAUAUGCACCAUUUUCCACACAAUGCUUCUCUAGGACUUCCUGCUGGCCUGACAAAGAUCAUUUUCUCAACAAGGAACGAUAUAUUUUCGUCCUCAUUUUAUGUAAGAUGUCAAGGAAAUAAACAAAUAUUUGAUUUUUUAGAAGACGUCUGAAGGCAGCCCUGUUCAGGGAAGUUUAUGUUUUAUUGUGUUUUUAAUAUCCUAUUGGAAGCCACCCAGAUUGGCUGGGGAGGCCCAGCCAGAUGGGUGGGGUAUAAGUAAUAAAGUAUUAUUAUUAUUAUUAUUAUUAUUAUUUUAUAAAGUCUCUGUCAGAGGCGCCCUUUUUCUCCUUUACCUUUUAAAUUUUAAGUUACUUUUGACAGACUUAUCUAAUGUUACACAAUUCCAUAUUUAUCCUGCUUCAGUAUCCAACAGACUGUUACAAAAGUAACUGGUGGUUUAGCUAAAUAUAUACAUAUAUGUAACAAUUUUAUGGCCAUAAUCAGUUAUUUAAAUACUGCUUUUAAAAUAUAAAUAUGUUUAUAUAUCAUCUGCCUAUUUUGUCACUUAAAUGAAACAGUUAAAAUAAACUGCAUAUAAAAGGAAAAACUAUUAACCUUAAUGUUCUCAAAUGUAUUUCCUCUUCUUCUUAAACCAAAACAUUUUUUUAAAAAAAUAUAUAUUAAACAUUUCCUCUCCAAUGGUGAGGACUCUUCAUUUGUUGUAUGAAAUGAAGUAACAUUUCCUGUGUGAAAAAUCAAAAUAAGCUUGUAUUUAUUGCCUCUUGAGAGUUGGAAAGUUAAGAUGCUUUUCAGCUGAAUACAUUUAUUGAAGAAUUUAGUUACCUGAUUUUAAUUUUAUGAAUGUGUAGCUUUUGUACAGAAUGAAGAUUCUGCUGCUGCUUAAUGCAGUGGCAAUGCAAACCUAUUUUACUUUGCAAAACAAGCUUUUUAAGUUCUCAUGCAGAUGUCAAAAAAGCCAUUAAUUACAUAGGAGAGAAACAUGUUUUACAAAUUUGAGGCACAAUCCAGCCAAUAUUAGGUUGAUAACAGCAAAUAUUUAAGUAUGUUUUUAUCGGUCCCCAUUGACACAUAUGGAAUUUUCUUUUAAAAUGCUCAGUUUUUACUGGAUCAUGCCCUUAACAUUUUUGCUCCGUAUGUUAUUCCCUGAAAAUAUUUGUGUGUUUUUUUCUGUUGCAUUCCCCCAGCCAAUAUCCAACCAUCUCUUAUGCAGCCUUUACCACCACCUUCAUAGUCCCUGCUGCUGCUUUUCUCUUCCAGGUGCUUUUUGUUUAUACCUUCUUCAGUUACAGUGUUCACCCAUUGGCACGAUCCAGUCAAAGUUAAGCACCCUUAAAACACAUGUGCAUGUCCAUAAAACAAGCUCACUGUAAUAACAACUUGAAAGUGCCUAACUAUAAAAUCAGAAAUGAAUUAAAGUGCCUGCUGAAAUAAAAAGGUAUUUAUUAGGCACUGAAAGUUCAGUGGGGAGGGGGCCUUUCUGAUCUCAGCAGGAAGGGAGUUCCAGAAAAUUGGACCCACAAUAUUGAAUUAAUAUGAGCUGUGCAUCUAAGCCCUGGGGAUUGCUAACAUUUACUCCCCCGAAGACCUCAGUGACCGGGCAGGGCUAUAAGGAAGCAAGCAGUCCGUAACUACCCCUCUGGAAGUUGUUCUAAAUUAGAUUUGGAAGGAGCAAUCAGAUAGCAAGUGUGCUACAAGCAAUAUGAAACAACAAUGGCAAUUAGGAGUAAAUUAAACCUAAUGCAUACCAUCUAAAAACGAAAAGAGACAGCAGCAUUUCAUGCCUUGGGCAAUCAAAUAGAAGGGAAAGGAUAGGAGCACAUGGGCCUAAGAUAUGCCUUAAGGUGCUUAGGAGAAAAUGUGUGUAGGAAGCAAAUUAAACGAAAUAAAAUAUGGGUCAUUGCCCUCCAAUGCUAUCGUCAAAUAGGAAACACUGCCUCUUAAUUUAUACAGGUUUUAUGGGGCGACUGCCUCUUGGUGUGAUCAAAGCACGUCAUGGGAAGUGAGGGCAGAUCUCACUAAGAACUGUCUGAAAGGCUACUGCUUCAGUACUUCAAAGUCCAAUAUAAUAUCUCUGACUUUAGUGGAAGUAGUCAGAAAUAUGUUGCUUAAAAACUAUGACUGAAGUUUUAUUUGUCAGAACCUUUACGAAUUAUGAGUAAGAUCCAGACUUAGGCCAUUUCACUUAAUUCCCAUUGAAAUCAGUGGAAGUUAGUUAAUGACUCUCCCCCCCCCCCAUUUUAAUAUGAGAGGGACAUAAGUGAAAUUCAGUAGGGCUUGCACCCAAGUAAGGAGAAUUAGGAUUACAACCCGACAGGCCAUUUUAAAUACAGAAAUCUGGUGAAACUACCUUUAUUGAAAACUCUGUUCAACUGUGGGGCUAUGGUUGGCUGAGUUGGCCUAAGCCUUGCAAGAAGGAAAGCAAGCAUUCAAAAUAGAAUUUGAUUUACACCACCCUUUUUGCUGACGCAUAUUCCGCUGGGUUGCCAGGUCAUGUGGUUGAGCUGAACAGAGUUGGGACCCACCGUUAGUCCCCACCUACCACUGCCCCACCCCCAGAAUGACAAUUUUCUUCAGGGCUUAUUCCAGCAUACUAUCUAUUGGUUUCAUUUUAGUUAGCUGAGCAAAGCUCUGCCGGCACAAGGAUGUUACACUGGGGUAUCUCUGGCUGAGCCAGAGGAUGUGGGGCUUAUGCUGUGCUGGGCAUCCCAGCAGAUCUUGGCUUUAGAUUGUCCCUUAAAUCAGUUUCACUCACGUUAACCGACCUAUAUCUGAGUACUGUUGUUCAGAGAAAUUAUAUUAUCAAUUAAACAUGGCAAGAUUGCAGUUUUUGUAGUAGUGUGUAGAAUUAAUGGUGUGUCUGUGCAAGAGCAUGUAAUAUUCCCUGUGGUUAACUGCAAAUGAUAAUUUUGCACAACAGUAUGCAGAUAUGUUCAUUGGCUGUAUCCACAAGUUGUAAGAGGAACAUUAAUAAUGCAGAACACCUGACGGAGCUUUAAAAUUUAUGAAACAGCUAAUGGAUAAAAGGGAGGCCUUUACUGCAACUUCACAAAUGAAAUUUACUAGCUCACAAGCAUUUUUAUUAGUCUACUUGUUAUAGCUUUGUUAGUAAUAUGUGGCUCAGAAAAGAAACCAUAGUCAAGGUGUUAUUCCUGGUGUUCUUAUAUGCUACUUACAAGUGUGCUUUACUAUGACCCAGAGCUGUGACAACCACCACACUCUACCUUGCAUUUGAUUAUAUCAGAGAAAAGCCUUUCCAUGCAGAGAAAUGCAAAGCAUCCCUUUCCCUACAUAGCCCUUUUCUCUGUCUGAUCCUGGUGUCCCCAAAGUCCCAUUCCACUGGUUCAUAAGAUUUGAAGAGCUCAACAUGCAGGUUUUUUAAGUGGACUGUGUACGUUUUGAAGACAUCUCUCAUCCUUAGUUGCUUUUAUGUCCUCCUGCAAACGUUUUGGAGAUACCUGGCUGGCCACUGUUGGAAACAGAAUGCUAUUGUAGGUGGGCCUUUUGUCUAAUACAGCAGUACUUUUUAUGUUCAUUUUUAACAUUAUCACCAUAAAAGAAAUAUAUAGAUAGUUUUUAAAAAAAACAAAUUUUCUGUCUAAGAAGUACUAUAUCUGACGGUUGCAUGGAAGUGCCUGUCCUUAUCUUUUUGCAUUAAUGAUGUCAUGCUGUGCAUUUUGUUAUGCAUUAUUCUUAACUCACCCCCCUCCCCUUUAAGCAGGCAAGUGAUUCAUUGAAGUCUGGAACUAUUACUAUAGAAGAUUUUAGAGGAAUUUAUCGUACGAUAGCACACAGAUGUGAAAUCCAUGAUCUUUUCAAAACUCAGUCUCCGAACCACAAAUUGCUCCCACUUUCAAAUCUAGUCCAGUUUCUUAAAAAUGAACAGUUUCAGCCUGAAGUUGAUGAAGUGGUUGCUGCUCAACUCAUUGCAAAGUUUGAGCCCAUCGAAGAAGGUACACUGGAUUUUUAAAUAUCUAAUUUCAUAAUUGUUCUUACAAUAUUUUUAUUAGCAUUAAUCACUUGUAGCUAUUUUUUAUGCUAGAGCUUGAAGUUGGACAGUGUCUGUUCUUGGGUACAAUUACUGAAAGGUUCACAGAGUACCUUUGGAAAGUGGUGCCCAACACCCCCCCUCCAGUCUUGUCCUGUGAGAUGAGACAAGGGUAAGAGAACUGUGUGCUACUGGGCUCUGUUACCAAAAGGUACAUGUGGUGUCUUUGAGCAGUGACCCGCAUUGAUCUCCCUCACCCUUUGAUUUUUCCUGAGGAAAAGUCUGGGCCCAGUUUGAGGAGGAAAUCUCUCACAUACAUAGGCUGGAAAAGUUUAAUAAAUCAAAACCAGCAUAUUGAAUUAUCUAUGGAGAGCAACAGAAAGCUAAUGAAAAUGCUGGAACACUUGUAUAAUGUGAUGUUAGCAACUCACCUAUUGUAAGAUGGGCUGCAAUAUAAAGGGGGCCUGAUGUAGUCCAGCCCUGACUAGGAAGGUGCAAAUGAUGGUCACUGGAUCAGAUGAAAAGAUAGUGGCCAUCUCAAAUAUGCAGAUAACAAGUGGCACACCGGAUGGGCCUGUAUUACUAUGGAAAGUUGGACUCCCUCAAUGAGGGGAGUUAGUGCCCUCUUUUGAAUAUAACAUUAAUAGUCCUUUGAUAUUUCAAUCUUGCCUUGAUUCAACCUAACCAAGAUCAACUGACAAGUCUAGUUUCUCAGCCUGUCAAAAUGCUGGUAGGACAGGUUGAAUGAAAAAUAAAUAAGUAUGGUCAGAAACCUGGUAACCUUCCAGAUCCUGUAGACCCACCAAUAGAAAUUCACAGACAAUGGCAUAAUAGGCCAGAGGCAUAUCCAUUUAAAUCACCGAAGUAUAACUCUCCUUCUCAAUCUCUGUGCAAAGGUUUAGAUCAACAUCACAAGCUAUGUAGCUUGGAGAAAAAUAUCAUCUAGAUGUGCUUGAAGCUGUAAGCUUUAGAGAGUUAAGAGAAUGCUUCAAGCAGGUAGGCAAUGAAAUAGUAGGUGUAAUCCAACGCUGGUAAAUCUGAAAUAAUGUAAGCUUUAAAAAAGUAUCAACAAUUAUGCUUACAAGGAUUAGCAAUCAAGAGAGUUGUUGGAAACAAUGCAUAAAAUAGAAUGCAUGCAUGUAAAAUAAUUGUGCGUUCACAGUUUGAGUACUCUACAAAACAUUGGUUGCCUGAGAAAUAGUAUUUAAAAGAUAAAUAUUUUGUCUUCCUAUUCCUGGAAUGUACAAGGUAUAUUAUAAUAAACUUAUAAAAUAAAACAACAACAACAGUAAAGUAGUACACUAUCUCAAAUGACUAUACAAAAGCAAAUAUAAAACAGCAAAAAAUAAACCCAACAGCCCAAAAAAAUGGUAAAAACCAUGCCAAUUAUAAGUUAAACAUUUGGGAAGGUAGAACCUCUUCCCUAGAAGAGGUAUCCCAACCCCAACCCCUGCUAACACACAGUACAUUAGGAAGAGAUACAGAAGGAAACAACAAAUAUGUUCAUUUUUCCAAUGAGAAAAGGCUAAAGGGAUGUGACCCUUGCAGCAUCAGAAAAACGCAGAGCCAGGCAAAUAUAUCUUUGAAACAGGGUGCAUAUAUUUAGUUUCAGAUACUGUGAGAACAAGAAGACAAUUUGUGAUUGUAAUCUGAGAAGUAAGGAACAAAGUGAUUUCAGAAAGGAUUGUCUGGUUCACUGGCUGUUAAGUAGGGCAGUCUGAGCCCAUCCAUCUUGAAACGUGGGUUCUUUGUAAUAGCUUGAACAGCUAGAGGUAGAAUGGGAAAGUAUCGAAGUUAUUGAAAUAUCAACCCUGUAUUUCAAUAACUUCCAUACUUUCCCAUUCUACCUCUAGCUGUUCAAGCUAUUACAGAGAACCCACAUGCUUCUAUUCAAACAUUUUGUGUGAGAAGCACAGGAAAAUUGGCCCGACCCUCUCAAAAUAUUAUUUGUCAGUAAUGUCAGUGACUUCAUUAACCAAAAAAGAAUUUUGGUCUUUUUAUGUAGUUUUUUUUGUUAGUUUCAGAGCCAGUUUACUAUGCAUUAUGUGACAGUCUAUUCAGCUGUGGACAGUGUAUUUUAAAAACUCCAAUUUGGAUAAAGUUCAGAAGUGAUCAAAAAAGGUUUUUUUUAAGAAAAGAAGAAGAUAGAAGGAACAUGUUACGGAAACAGGUCAAAUUAGCCCAAGGAAAAGACAGCAGGGGGAAAAUGACUAGCAACAUAUUUUUGAAUAUUACAUGGAAAUGUUGCAAAAAUGACAGAAAUGAAUUAUUCACACUAGUCAGGAUGGAAAGAGAAAUAAUGGCUGUGGCCUCAUUUCUUCAGCUGAUGUAAAACAUGAGAGAAGUGGAGUGGUACACUUAAAGCAAAAACCUUCUAAAGGGAGUGAGAUUGUGCCAGCUCAGUUGGCUGCUGUCUACACAAAAAUUGUAACAGCGCAAUCUCAAAACCUUAAUCCCAGAACUGCACCUUUAUAAUUUUCUGAUUCUCUGCCAUUGGACCCCCACCCCUCAGCUGUCUGUUGAUGUGAGCCACUAAGAAUUCUCAGUCUCUGGGCUGCAUCUUGUAUUAUGAUUUGUACUCUAGUGCACAUGCCAAAGUACAAUAUGUGAUCAUUCAGACUUCUUUUUGAGGUUACACAUCAAGCAUUGGACCCUACUUAAACUCAAAUGGAUUUAAAAGUUAACUCACAAUCUUUACUGGAGAUUCAGUUCUCAAGGGGCAGAUUUUAUGUCUUUUUGGGAACAGUCCAGUUAUAGCACAUUUUCCAAAAUCAUUAAUAAGUAUCAAAUCAAUAGGCUGUUAUGUUGUACUUCAGGAACUGUUGGUGACUCUUCCUGGUUAUCAAGCCUUAAAAAUUGCAGAAUGAGAUGCAGAGCCAAUCAUUUGCCUUUUAACUGCAGUCAGAAUCGCAAUUGCAAAUUACUCAGAAGAAAACAGCAACACAGCGCCAACAAUGUGGGAAGAAAGGGCAGGCUAUUGUAAAGUGAUAGUUUCAUAGUGGAUAGAGUGUCAACCAGUGAAACUGUCUUAUUUUAUCAAUUUGAGACUGUAGGCCUACCUACACUUACCUGUGAGUAAGGGCUUAUCCAAACUUAACUUUCCUCCAUGCUUUCCAGGCAUGAUUGACACUUUAAAGCUCUGUGUCUGAGCACUUUCCCCUGCCCCAUAGCUUUCAGCACGAAAGCCUGCUCUUUACUGCUGAAUUGGAGCAAACGGCGAUCUGCAGAAAACCUGAAUUGACAUUCAUUGAGCUCCAGCUUUAAGGAGAGUUUCUGUGUGGGGAAAGCUCAGACGAAAAUAAGCUCACUCAGAUUUGGAGUUUAAAAGUGCGGACCUAUGCCUUGAAAGCUUGGAGCAAAAGAUAAGUAUGGCAGUGGGGAUAAGCCCUAAGUCUCACUGAACUCAGUGGGACUUACAUCUAAGUAGACACGGCUAGUAUACUGCAGUGUAAGCAAAUCAAGGCAAUGGGAUGAUAACUUUGUACAAAAAUACCAUUGUAUCCAGUAGUACAAAAUGCUGGCCACAUGACCCUGAAAAAACUGUCUGCGGAAGCGGACAAACGCCGGCUCCCUCGGCCUUUAAAGCGAGAUGAGCGUUGCAAUUUCAGAGUCGUUCGUGACUGGACUUAAUUGUCAGGGGUCCCUUUACCCUUUACCUUACAAAAUGUACAGAUAAAGUAGUUGUUUGCUUUGUACAUAUCAGGCAGCUGUGUGUGCUACUUUUACUGGACACCUUCAUUUGCCCUACCUCCAAUAAAACAUGUCUCUCCCACUUUGUGUACAGCAAGCACUGUAACUCUCCAAUGGUUUGAUUUUACACCCCCCCCGACACUCUCUUCCAUUGUCUCUGGAGACAGACAUGCAGCACAAUUCUUAUUGGGAAGGCUGUUCACAAGGAGGGGAGACUUACCUCUUCACACCCCCACAUUGUGAUGUACAGCCCCCGUCCCCGGGCAAAUAGGAGUCUUAGGAAAAUAACCCCCUAUUGGCACUGGUUGGGAUUCCCCCCCAUGUUUCAAGUUGUGUUAGGCAAUAGCCCCUGUCCCCAGUAACACUUGGUCUUGCACUCAUAAUUAUGCUAGGAAAAACAAGAUACGUAGCUACAUAUUUGGUGAAUAUUAAUUUUGCAUCUGUCCUAUUGGUCCCUAUGACCAGCAGUGCUGGAAAACAAUACCAGGUUCCUACAACACAGUGGUGCUGGGAAGGACAUGUUCCUGAAAGUUUGGAACAGUUUAGAUGCAUGUUUUGCUUUCAGCACUGGCGCAAGGGGAUGGCUUGCCUUCCUACAUGGCUUCUAAGAGCCUAACAGCCCAAUCCUAUCCUCUCCCACUUUGUAGUAAAGCAAAGAAUUGGGUUGUUAUUUAAUUAGCUACAGCCUGCCUCUCCCAGGGGCUCAGAUGCAGAACAGUCUUUCUCCUUGAAAAAUAUGGUUUCUCUCUUCCCAAAGGGCUUGCAGUCUAAGAAAGAGAGGCUUGGAAGUAAUUGGGAUCAAAGGGAAGAACAGAAGUAAAGAUAAAAUGUACUUUAUGUAGAAAUAAAGAUGGCUAAGCACUUCGCAACUCUGUGAACACCAAGCUGUCUCCUCCCUUUUGCACCUCUUAAAAGGUUCAAACUCUCUCUCCCCACCCCACUACAAACACCCCCAGCCUCAAAUGCAAAUUUGAAUACCAAACACAAUAAAGACAAAACUUUUUACAACCCACAAAAGUAGCUCAAAUGUCCUUAUAUGAUCCAUGAGAAUUGAACUUUUUGUAUGGUUUAAAAGUAUGGUCAUGAAUUUUAUUAUUUAUUAAAUUUGUAUAGUGUCCUUCACCUGAAGAUCUCAGGGCAGUUUGCAACACAAAACAUUUUUUCUCAAUUUUAUUGUUUUAUCUUUUUGUUAAGCACUUUGAGGCCUCCCCCCCCUACAAUCAAGCUAAUGCUAUUCUAGGCUGCAUCAACAGAAGUAUUGUAUCUAGAUCAAGGGAAGUAAUAGGUAAAGGUAAAGGGACUCCUGACCAUUAGGUCCAGUCGUGGCCGACUCUAGGGUUGCGGCGCUCAUCUUGCUUUAUUGGCCGAGGGAGCCGACGUACAGCUUCCGAGUCAUGUGGCCAGCAUGACUAAGACGCUUCUGGCAAACCAGAGCAGCACAUGGAAACGCCGUUUACUUUCCCGCCAGAGUGGUACCUAUUUAUCUACUUGCACUUUGACGUGCUUUCAAACUGCUAGGUUGGCAGGAGCAGGGACCAAGCAAUGGGAGCUCACCCCAUCACGGGGAUUCAAACCGCCGACCUUCUGAUCAGCAAGUCCUAGACUCUGUGGUUUAACCCACAGCACCACCCACGUCCCUAAGGGAAGUAAUAGUACUACUCUAUUCUGCCUCGGUCAGGCCACACUUGGAAUACUGGUGGGGUUUUUUUGCUGCUGCAUCACACUGAGAGUCAAAUAUAAGAUAGAGGAUGCCUGCUUACUAGCAGUACAUAUGAAAAGGAUCCUGGGAUCCUAGGGGACCAUGAGCUUAACGUGAGUCAACAGAUGUUGCUGUGGGAUCCUGCUGAGACUUGUAUAGAGAUUAAAAUUUCCGCAUGGUACCAUCUCGAUGUAUAACUAACUUUUAGAGUAUUAUAUUUUAUAGAAAAACAAGCUAGAAAUAGGAUUAAGUGCUUAAAAGCCUCAGGAUGCCACAGAGAGUUUCCAGGCAUGUUUUGCCCCACCUAAAAUGCCUUGAAAUCACAGUGGUAUUCCACAGUAUUCCAGUAUAUGCCUUUGCACUUUUAACAGAGCCACACUGGCAACUGGGGUUGAUUGCAAAGAUCAUGCGCCGUGUUUAUUUGUUACACAUGCACGCAGUGUAUAUGCAUGGAAUAAUGGCAUACGCGGGUGGCGCUGUGGCUUAAACCACAGAACCUAGGACUUGCUGAUCAAAAGGUCAGCGGUUUGAAUCCCUGCGAUGGGGUUGCUCAGUCCCAGCUCCUGCCAACCUAGCAGUUUGAAAGCACGUCAAAGUGCAAGUAGAUAAAUAGGUACCACUCCGGCAGGAAGGUAAACAGCCUUUCCAUGCACUGCUCUGGUUCUCCAGAAGUAGCUUAGGCAUGCUGGCCACAUGACCAGCUCCCUUGGCCAGUAAAGUGAGAUGAGUGCCGCAACCCCAGAGUCGGCCACGGCUGGACCUAUUGGUCAGGGGUCCCUUUACCUUUACAUUCUCUCAGUCAACCCUAAAACUGGCUGCUGCAAUGUGUACCAAUUGGAUUUACCAAGUGCUCUUCAAAAGCAGCCCUAUAUAUCACACAUUACAGUGGUUAUCCCUGAUAACGAUGAGGAAAAUCAUAUCUCUCCAAUAUUCUUUUGAGAUAACUUGGGUGGACCCUUCAUAUGCUGGACCACUUUUUGUCAGCCCCAGCCAGCAAGUCUAAUAGUCUAGGAUGGUGCAAGUUGGGAGUUCAACAACAUCUGGAGGGCCACAGAUUCUUCAUCCCUGAAAUAAGAGCAAAAGCCUCUAUAUGUGAUUUGACACCCACAUGCUCCAUGUUGCAUUAACAUAUUUAAUCUGAAAUGGUUUGAAAUUUUGCUUAAUUCUGUAAGGAAUCAUAGUAGAGAUGUACAGUAAUUAUUUUCCCUGUAAUAUUCUGGCUUUCAGCAAAGAAAAAUUCACAGAUGACAUUUGAAGGAUUUCUAAGAUACAUGACAUCUGAGGAAUGCAUGGUAUUUAAAUCUGAGCACAAAACUGUUUACCAGGAUAUGACCCGUCCACUGUGUGAAUACUUUAUUUCAUCCUCGCACAACACCUACCUCAUAUCUGACCAGCUAAUAGGGCCAAGUCACCUGUGGGGUUAUGCAAGGUAUUUGUGCCCAUUUUAAAAUAGUAGUUUAUCAAGUAGAAUAAGUAGUUCAGAGAAGCAGCGUCUCAUGUUUUCCCGCCUCUUACUUACAAAACCCUAUUUUGAAAUGUAAGAGACAGUUAUGGCCCAAUCAGAAGCACAAAUGGAAAAUAAAUCCCCCCCCAUCUCCCCACCCCACCCCGUGAAUGUACAAUGAAACUGGGUAUCUAACUGAGUUUGAUAAGUUUCACUAUGUGGGAAUGGGAUGGUUUUGGGGACUAUAACGUUAAUGGCUGCUCUUUGAGACUGUAUGGUGAUUCAGUCGUGGUUCCCCAUUUGUGGAAUGCCCCCCUUAGUGAGGUGCAUCUGUCUCCCUCAUUAUUGAUUUUCAGGAGAAAUAUAAAAACAUUCCUGUUUACCCAGGUCAUUUGAUGGCUAAAAGACACUGCUCCUGCUGGUUGAGAAUGUUUUUAAACUUAUUUUUAAAGAAUGUUUUAAAAUUGCCUUUAGUUUUUGGGUUUUUUAAAAUCAUUGCUGUGCUUGAUGCCCUGGGCUCUUUCAGGAAGAAAGGCAUGAUGGAAAUCAGAUCAUACAUACAUACAUAUAUAACAUGUUCUUCCAACUAGGCCUCUACGUGGGUAUUGGCAGGAGGGCAGGUUAGUUGUAGGAGAUUAGGAUCCCAGCCAGCUCUCUAUGGAAUGAAUAUCAGAAAAUGGAUGUUGGGGUGGGUAAAUCUGUCAAUUUUGGUUUCUCGAUUUCUCAUUUUGCCAAUCCUAAUAUCAAUUCUACACAUUUCCACAUCAGUUUGUGUGUGUGUUUAAAAAGUCCUCAUCAAAAAUCACCGGCAUUUUAGUGCAUAUCUCUCCUAAGACACAGAUUUUUGAAUGCAGUUUUGCCUAAUUAACAUUUUUUGCAGGCAAUUUCCCCUUAUACAACACAUUUUAGUAUGUUGCAUUCACUAAUAUACGCACUGAUACACACUUUCCCCCGGUAUAUGCAUUUUUGCUUUCCAUUUGAUUGGAGAACUGCACCACAAGGGUUGGAAUGUGAAUUUGGUAGAUUCGACUUUAAAUGCAAAGCGCAUCAAAUUUCUCCCUCGUUCUUAACUGGAUGCAAAGAUGCUCAGAGCAGCAAACCAGGGAUGUAGUUCCCAUCAUUGCCUGGCCCCAGUUGUGAGCUUUCAUAGUUGGGCAGCCUAAGGGUUGCCCUCUAGCUCUGCUUUCUCUGAAAAGCUGCUGUGAGUCAAAUGGAUCCAUGUCCUAUCCUUCAGGUGAUGGUUCCUUUGGGACUCUCCACUAGAUGCCGAGCGAGAGUGGGAGUUGUGGGGUAGCUUUAUUCACGGUGUAAGGUUCUUAGGAGGAGCCAAAGUCAGAGGAGGACAAAGCAGAUACCAGCAAUGCUGUGAAACAUCAAUUCUGUGAAAAAAUUGCAUGCAUGAGGAGCACCCAUCCCCCAGUAAGCAACUGUAUGGAAGCACCCUUUGUCAGAGAGAAGGGUGCUAGCCAAAUCACCUACCUGGGGUGCUAUUUUGCAUUUGCAGAGAUUUGUUCCUUUAUUUAUUACAUAUAUUCCACCUUUCCUCCAAGGAGCCCAGGAUGAGGUAUCUGGAUCUCCCACUCUACAUAUUAUCCUCACAGCAACCCUCUUUCUUUCUUUCUUUCUUUCUUUCUUUCUUUCUAGUGCUCUAAUGAAAGGAUGCCGCUGCUUAGAAAUUGACUGCUGGGAUGGACCAAACAAUGAUCCUGUUGUUUAUCAUGGACAUACAUUAACAAGCAAAAUUAGCUUUAAGACCGUCAUCCAGGUGAUCAGCAAGUAUGCCUUUUUGGUAGGUACAUGUGUGACAAAUUGGGGGUCGGUUAACAGAACACAAUGACUAAGGUGCUUUCAGAGUUUUGGCCAUAGAUAGUGUAUGUGAUGGUGUCCUACUCAUGGAACUUUCCCCAAGAAUGUUUGCCCAGCACUGACUGUGCAGAGUUAUAGGUGAAAAGAUUCAUAUUUGUCCAAGCUCUUUCUUAUGGACAUAGGUGUCAACAUUUCCCCUUUUUAAAGGGAAAUUCCCUUAUUCCAAAUAGGAUUCCUUGCAAGAAAAGGGAAAAGUUGACAGCUAUGCUUAUGGAUGGUAAUUAUUUAUUGCUGCUUCUGAUUGUUUUCUGAGUUUUAUUUUAUCUUUAUUCUGUUCUCUUACUAUUGUUAGUUUUUUUGUUUUGCUUUUUAAAUUAAGCUGAUAAUUGCAUCUACCACAGUUGGGGAACUAGAUGUUGUUGAAUUCCAGUUCCCAUCAUCCCUGACCAUGGGCCACGCUGGCUAGGGCUAAUGGGAGACAAGAGUCCAACAACAUCUGGAGAGCUACUGGUUCCCCAUCUCUGCAACACACUUUUGCAUAUGAUUGAAGUCUCCCUGAGCUCAGUGGGAAUUCCUUCAGAAUAGGCAUCCAUAGCGUUGCAGUGUAAAUAUGCUAAUGAUAUUUGCUUUUUGAAUUUAGCUUUGGGCAAAUGAAAGGUGGUGUAGAAAUGUCUUAAAAUUAAUAAUGUUAAGAAAUAGUGCAUUUCAGAUUUUGCUGUUUUGACCAUGUUUGCUAUGGGUGGGUAGCUGAAUGAAAAUGAAUUAGAGAAUUCUAAGUGUUGGAAAGCACCUAAAGGUAAUUUGGCCCAUUCCUUAACCAUCCCCACAAGAUGAAACAAGUUGCAACAGUUAGAAAGCAGGGAUGCAGUGCAGAGGUCACCACAGGGCAAAAAGCUAGUAUGCCAGUAGCCUCCUGGCAUUUGUUGAACAUGUGUGGACAUAAACUGUGCAGGAGGUGUGGGGGGUGGGUUGUGUGUUUUUUGGCCAGAUGUGCCCCCAUCAUCUGCACCACCUUUCCCGCUCUUGACUUUCCCACUUUACGUAGUAAGGUCUGAAGAGGGAUUUUCCACAUGCUGAGACAAGAAGUGGAUAGAGAAAGGGCACACUCUAAUAAACACUAAAACUCAGGGAUGUCCUAUGAAGCUGAAUGCUGGAAGACUCAGUACAGGCAGAAUGAGGUACUUCUUAACUCUCAUUGCUCAUAGUUAACCUAUGAAAUUCACUCCCACAACAAACAGUGCCAGUCAGUCAAAUGUAUUUGUGAAAAACUAUUGGUCAUUCAAAACAAACAAACAAACAAACAAAGAGCAAAGUAGUACACUUUAACAGCACAUGGGUCCCUGUGUUGUACAAUGAAAUUUUGCUUGAUCAGCUGCGCUGCUAAUGCAAACGUAGAAACCUAAUUAUGUCAUGAAUUUAUUCUCAUCCAUCAACAAAGGACAGGUUUUCUCCCUAUUAUUCAAAAAAGGAAACUCUGGAGAAUUCUUUAAAAAAACCCUAACCCUAGGAAAAUUUAACAGGGAGCAAUACAGUACAUAACGAACAAUAUUACCAACUCUCCUUGGCCACAGUACACAGACAUUAAAUUUGCAUGUAUUCUGGUGUAGCUCCCACCCAAAUAUGUUGUGGGUAUAGUUUGAAAUCUCAAAGCUGUGCAUACCUUCCUCAAUGCAUCAACCUGUAAUUAAAAAUAAAAUAAACUGGAAGACCAUGAUUGGAUUUCCCUGAAUAAAUUGGUGAGAAUUACAUAUUUGGAGAUGAGAUCUACAGUAGCUAACAGAAGGUCCCACUCUUUAACUUCAUUUACAAUACUUUGCAAAUAUAGGGGUUGCAAUCUUGCACACCAUCAACAACCAGUCUAUAAUUGAUUAUAUGGUUUUCACAUUGGCUGGCCCAGCUUUGCGCAGACCUAUUAGAAAUUUGCUUCAAAUAAUGUUUUUUUGGGGCAACCUUGAAUCUGGCAUAUGCUGUAAUUUCAACCAAUAUAGAAGCAAGGCAGUCUGAACUCUGGAUAAUAUGGCCAGGAGGGAACCUAACCAUGGGAUUGUUGCGUGGCGAGUUCCCGCGCCCCCCCCCCCCCGAAGAAAUAAAGACACAGGACACCAAGCAUUAAGGUUAAUGGGCGAAAUAGGCUUUAUUGAUUACAGGAAUGAGCGGUAUUGGCUUAGGCAUUGGCCCUAUCGACUAGCUGGCUUCAGCCCGAUUGCAUGAAGACCGGCAAGGGUUAACCACCAGUAGAGGGAGUCCUGCUGAGGCACGUCAACUAGGAACUCCCCCGGAGUCACUGCUUGGGGCGUGCCUUGGGCCCACACCUCCACAGGCUUCGGACAGGGCAAUGCCUCUCGGAGUCCUUUAUCGGACUACCAUUCUCUGUGGGGAGAGGCGAUGGCGCUUCCCCCCUCACAUACACUUAACCCUCCCUUGCCAAUGCCUAACCGCCAAUACCAAGGCGAGUUGCUACGAGGUAGGCGAAAAACCAAUUGGCUGUAUAUGCCAAUUACCAAUUGGGAAAAAUUCCUACCAGGCCCCGAGGCGACCAACCGAAGUCCAUAGCAAGUCAGGGAACCUACCCAAGGGAAGGGAGGGUGGGAAACUGAAUCAGCUGGCUGGCGCUGAUGGAAAGAGGGGGAGCCUCGGCCGCGCCAACCCUAAAUAGGGCAAGCCACGCCCCCCUCCCCAGCCAGCCGAUUAGCUGGCUGAGAGGGUGACGUGGCCGAGGAUUCCCCUGAUCUCGCGGGGGCUAGGAACAGCCCCCGCGCACGUGGGGUGGGCGGGAAGUCCUCCCUAGCUCAGAAGUGGCUGAACCUAACCAUGGGAUUGUCAUCUGGGGAAGUUUGGAGGUGCAGCUGGUGGGAGUGAAUAGUUCUGCACUCUUUCCAUGGUUUAUACCUGCACAAUCUUUUGAAGAUGGCCUUGCUCUGCCAGGAAGAUUACUUUGUGGCCACAGGCAAGUUCUAUUUCUCAUCCGAGCUUACUUCACAGAAUUCUCGUGAAGAGAAAAUGGGAUAAUCCGGAGUAUUUUCCCUUCAACAAAGGAUAAGAUGAAAUGUGGCAGAUAAACUAUUUCCAUCUGGUGCCAAGGACAAAAAUGAAAGAGGCUUUCACCUGUCAGUCUUAAAUCUUUAGCAUUUUAAGUCAAAAGGCAAUCUGGUUCAGUUGGUUUUGAAGGAGACUACGCAGCCAAAAAAAAAAAAAAAGUAAUUCUUGCACAUAUCUGGCAUUUAUUUAUUAAGGGAAAUCUUGUAUACACUUAUUUUAGCAUACUCUUUUCUCUUUGUUUAUAUCUGGAUGGCACCAUAAACUAAAGCAACACAGUGGUGGUUGGUACCCAUUGCGAUUGGUAGGGCAGAAGGUAAAGAGACUAACAGAAGGUGGAACCAGAGCCAAAGUUUUGCCCCCAUCCUGCUAUGGCAAAGCUGGUUUAAUUGCAAAUGAGAAUCAGACAGGUGGGGACUUUCUGAGAGCAUAGUGAGGUUGGUGGGGAAGUGACUCAUUCACCCUAAUGGACCAGCCUCCACUGCAGCAACAAUGAAACUUCAGGAUAGUAAUCUGAACAUGACUCACCUUAUAUCCAAAUCCUUUACAAGCUGCGGUUUGUAGCUGUAGGGCUGUUUCAUGGCCAGUUUUGUUUCCACGUAAUGCUCACACACAUGGAAUGUCUCUUGGGCUUUCCCACGGGUAUAGCUGCUGUUGGUCAGUUCCCUUUGCCUUGAAGCUGCCAGCAUCACAUAAAUCAGUAGCUGUAUCCGGGAUGAUCCUAGUUCAUAUGAGAAAUCGCCACAUUAACAGAGUCCUGAGAAUGCUUGACAGAAUCUUUUGUGGUGAGGGAAAAUGCCUGUAGCCAGGGUCCAGAGAACCAUGCUGCUAGUUCCCAAGGUGUCUGCUUCUCUUAAGAGCAUCUCCCCAUGCCGUACGACAAACUGCUUUUAGAAAAGGAGUGUGUCCCCUCACCUCACCUCCCAGCCCCCACAAAUCUGUUUGUAAUAUGACAUUGGCCUUGCGUAAAGGGGAAUAGCUAGAAAAUCCCUUUGGAGAUAUCCAAGUUCUUGGGUAUGCCUGAAGUAGCUCUUCGAAGUUUAACCUAUCACUGAUGCACACGCAUUAUAAUACCACCCCUGGUUUUGUAAGGUAAAAUGUAUACCCAAAUCCCAGAACAGCACCUGUGUGUGGUCUGUAGCACAAAAGAGAACUGUCGUUUCUUUGAGAGGGGUUUCUUCUGCCUAGACAAAUCAGCUGGGGUAUAAGAUGUCGCAGUAUUGUUUUGUAUCUUUAUUGCAGAUAACAGUGCAUGCUUCUCAUAGUAUUCUUUUCUCUUGUUUUAUAUUUUCAUAUUUGUGUAACUGGGAAUUACAGUAUUCAUUGAAUUGUACUUCCAGGUCUCCGAUUAUCCUCUGAUACUGUCUUUGGAGAAUCACUGUAGCCCUAAACAGCAGGAAGUAAUGGCAGAUUAUCUGACAAAUAUCCUGGGUGACAUGUUGGUUAUAUCUGCGAUUGAUGAUAUAAUGCCAACUGAGCUCCCUUCCCCUGAGGUAACAAAACUGAGUUGCUCUUUCAUAAAAGAUAACAAGGAGGAAAUCACUGCAGUUGGCAUGGUUAUUUCCUAAGAAGUUUAUCAUGUUCCUCCCAUUAAAAUAUGCAGAAUUAACUACACCUGGAAUGCAGUCUGUUUGGUAUAGAGUUAUUGUACAAAUAGAAAACAACCAGUAUGCUCCCCCCCUCCAAGAUUAAGAAGAAAAUAUGCGUGUCAAAAAAUUCAAGUGUAGACCAAAACAUUGGAAAUACAAUGCAUUGUAGAUUCCCUUGAACCUUCCAAUGCAUGUAUUCAUGAUUUAUUAUUUAUUAUUACCCUAAGGAUGAUAACACACCUUAUAUUUGUUAUGCGAUUUUAGUUAUGCGAUUCCAAAACAAAAGCCUGCAACAUGCCAGAAAGGUACUUGUGUGGAAUGCAUUAAAAGUCUCACAAUCUGAGCUUCAUAUCCCUCGUUUGCUUUUCAAAGCAGACUUUAAAAUAUUCAUUCUGGGAGUUUGCAAAUGUUUUUUUCUCCAUCCUACAUCUCCAUUCCGGAGUUCUUGAAUGAAAACACCAGAUAGGCAACUGUACUUACUUGAGGUUAACAAGCAUGGCUUGCCAUGAAAGCUACUUGGCUGCAAGCUGUUCUUUGUGUCGCCACAGCUACGAAUCAGGACAAAAGAAUGACUUCAUGCACUAUCCUAGCAACUUUUCCCCAUGGCAGCUUCAAGGGAUGGCAUUUGGAAAAGCUGUGAUGGAGCACAACAAUUGAGUGAUAAAGAUCGACACUUUUGUCCCAGCCUUUGUAGUUUAAAGGGCUUGUCUGCACCAGAGUUUAAUGUGGAUUUGAAGCUCCUUGUGUCUCUAAACUAUUUGUGGCAUCCACUCAACAUCCCCCUUAUUCGAGUGACAGCCCAUGAACCACAUGUUGGCAGUGUGCGCGAAAGCCCACCCCAUUCUGCCCCCUUCUGGCACUGAAAACGGUGGUCACUUUGGUGGUCGCGCAUGUGCUGAAGUCACACAAAUGGUGAGUUUCCUGUAGCAAUAAUGUGCGAAAAGGAUUCUAGCCCAUGUGAAUUUGAAAGGUACCUAUUUGAAUAGUUUUAUUUGCACAGUCCCAGUUUUUUAUUUGGAGAUUUGUCCACUGUUAGCAAAUACGUUCUAAUUUUAAACCAGGAGUGAGCAACCGCAGGCCCAGGUGCUGAAUGCUGUUGUCCUCCAGACCUCUCUCUUUGGCCCCUAGGGUUCUCAUUGGGCCACAUCCCUCACUUCCCCACUCUGUGCCCUCUUCAACUGCUUUUUGCUGGAAUGUGUCCUUGGACUGUAAUAGAGGCAACUCCCCAUCCAGGAUGCGCAUGACCACGUGCCUUUUUUUGCACCAAAAGAGGGUGGAACAGUGGGAGGGCAGACUUGACGGGCGUCUCACUGUCGCACAUGGUGCCUUGGAAUGCAACCGCCGCAUAAAUGGGGAGUUACCUGUAAUGCUAUUUGCUUGCCUAGAUGAACAGAUGAGUGUGGGGAGGUGUGUGGGCUGACAGCUCUGAAUUUUGCAUGGCUGGAACAUAGGCUAUUCUAGAAAAGUGAGAGUCACACCUGUUGCUCCACACUUUUGCCUUUGACCCCACCCACCACGGUGAGCAUGUCCCCCCCCCAAAGGUUGUCCACAAGGAAAUGUGGUGCUCAGGCUGCCAUUGCAUGUUUACAGCAACCUGAUCAGCACAAGAGUUUAAACAUGCAACUUUGGCAAUUGGAUGGGUUUUAUUAUUUAUUUAUUUUUUAAAAAAGGAGAAGAAAUGGGUUAAAGCCAUCUCUUUCAGCUACGGUGCACCAUUAAAACCUACACGGGAGUACAGUGUAAUACUUUUUAUGAGGAGAAUUUAAUCAUACAGAUGCUCAGCAGUACUGUUCUUAAUUGCAAAAAAGGAACAAAUGGAUCAGCAGAGAAUUACAGAUAUAAAGCAGAACUCUUGGGAAAUAAUGCCAUCUUGCAAGUACUGUUCACGUUUCUUGAUUUCAGGUGGAAAGGGAUAUAAAUAACUUUAAAUGCACUGCAGAACUCAAAAGAUUUGCUGUAAAUUGAUUCAGGAGGUAUGAGGACUUCGGAGGGGGCUGGAAUUCCAGUUAUUGUAAAAUCAGAGUACCUGCCCUUUCUUUUCUCCUGUGCUAUGGAAACUCGAAAUGUGCUCUUUUGUCUGUGUGUCUUUUCUUCCUAUUUCAUACCUCAUUCAAGCCAAAUUUUCACUAGAAAUGUGAAAAAUACCAUCAGGAUUCAUUUGAUCAAGAUGAUAAUGCUUGCUUGGUAUCACCUGGCUCAAACUCAGGCAACCUCUGAGUUUAACAUGUGAGGAAAAGCAACAAAUAAAGCAAACACAUCAAUAGCACAGCAAGUAGUGCCAGUGAACAGCUAGUCAUGUGUUAGGCACAGCUUUGGGCUAAUGGCAAAAUAGGAACCCAUGAGUCUCCAGAGGUUCUUGGAUGUUGUCUCCCAUUGCCCUGACCAUUGGCUGGGACUGAUGGGACUUGGAGCAACAUUUCCUGGAGGCCCACACAUUCUGAAUCACUGUCUUCCAUUUUUAUCACUUUUUCUUCUUCCUUCAUGUGUUAUUUAUGAUUCUUAAUACUUAUUCCUUUCUUAUCACAGUCACUGAAAUUCAAAAUAAUGAUUAAAAAUAAGAAAAUUGGGACACUUGAAGAAACGCUUGCAAGGAAGGGCACGGAUAGCCAUGGUCAGACAGGGGAAUUUGAAGAGGAAGAAACAAGUGAUGAGGAGCUGGACGACAACCCUUCGCACCCCAAGCAACCGCUGCUGAAAAAGAGAAGGGCACGCUGGAAAGGCUCAGCUCCACCUCGGAAAAAACAAAAGGUAUGACCUGAAGUCAUGUCUAGUUAGAUCCUGGGUUUAAAACCUACCAGAAAGCAAACACACCAGCCCUCCUCUUUCUGACAUCUUUUUCACUGCUCUAAGAUUUACUGCCGUGUGCUCUGUGUAGGGUUGCCCUUUGGUCCCGAGGCUGCAGCUAGUGUAACACCAUCACAAAACACCUUCUUGUUGGAUUUGCUCUGGCUGCCAGUUUGCUACUGAGCCAAGUUCAAAGCUCUGGUGCAAAUGUAUAAGGUCUUUGCAGCACACGGCCAGGUUGCUUGAGAGACUGCCUUCUCCCUUCUAUUUCCAGUAGGUCAGUGUGUUCUGCAGGGGAGCUUCUCCUUAAGUCUGAAGCUAGAGGAUGCCUGCUCUACAGUAACUCGGAGCAGGGCUUUCAGUGUGGUUGCCCCUGUUUUGUGAAACAGUAUCCCCUGUCAAGAUACGACAGGUGCCAACUACCUGCACUUCCUGCAAACAACUGUCUGCAGCCUUAAUCAGUAUUUUCCAUAUUGUAUAGUUUAACCAUUAAGUGUUACACAGAAAGGAUGCAAAUCUUGUUUUACAGAUCUUCGGUGCGGUAUAGUAGUUAGACACCAUAUAUUUAAAGAACAUCCCCCCCACCCCUAAAAAUCCUGAGAAUAGUAGUUUACCUCUAGCAGAACUGCAGUACUCAGCACCCUUAGCAGACGAUAGUCCCUAGGAUUCUUGUCGAGGGGAAAUGUGCUUCAAAAUGUAUAGUGUGUAUCAGGAAUGCCAACAUGGUUGUGACUGUGGGUGCCUGUGGCUGUGGGUGCCAUGCAGUGUGCAUGGUCCUGGUACCGAAAUUCAUGGGUGCCCGGCCCCUUCAUGAGGAAUUUUGUGGGUGCUCGGGCACCCAAGGCCCCAGGGAGUUGGCACCUGUGGUGUGCAUGCAGCUUCAGAAUGGGAUUGGGAAAACAUGUUUAUAUCCCUACUCAUGAAGUUGGCUAGGCUAAGUCACUAUCUUUCAGUCUAGACUACUUCUUAGGGUUGCUGUGAAGAUAAAGAGAAGGGAAUCCAUGUAUGCUGCAUUGAGCAAUGAAGGUAGAAAACAUAUAUGAAUAGUGAUUUGACUAUGAGUUGCAGCCAACUGAAUUCUACUCAGAGUAGACCUAUUGAAAUUAAUGGACCUAGUUUUGUUUCGUUAUUUAAUUUUAAUGAGUUUAACUCAGAGUGUGAUUGACAUUGAAUAGAACCCCUUUCCUGGUGUGCUUUCAACAGAAAUUGACAUCUCAGUUGAAACUGAGAUAGUAUCUUUAAAAAAAAUAUUAACAAACCUUCAGUCAUCUCCCAUAUUAUUUAUAGAUGAAGAAAAUAAAGAUUGCCUUGGCCCUGUCAGAACUUGUGAUUUAUACCAAAUCUCGGAAGUUUGUAAGCUUCGAAGACUCCAGAGAAAAGCAGUUUUUUUAUGAAAACAAUUCAAUUGGUGAGCUGAAAGCCCGAAAGCUGGCAAAACUCGCAGGUAAUGUUGCUGUUUUCUCUUGCUUAAGCCUUCUGAACUGUCAAUAAACUUUAUGAGGCAGCUUGUCACCAGCUGGCAGGCAGUGAGAUGUUUGGAGCGUUGAUUCAGCGCUCUGCAUGAGUUGAGUGGCUAAAGGUUUGUGUUGAUUGGCUGUUAGCUACAUUUCAUCCAAGCCAAAAAUAUACGAAAAGAGAAAAAUAUCAGUAAGUGGAAGCUUGCAGGGUUUUCUUUGUUUUUGUUUAAAAGAAUAAUAAAAAAAAUCUCGGAUAAGUGACUGCAAUUUUGUUCCGCUGUCCAGUGUUGCUUGGAUCCAGUCCAGGCAGAGUUGAGCCUGGCCUGGAAUGCGGAGUGUAUCUUCCCUUCUGCCUCUCUCUGCAGAAAAUACGUCAGUUGGGUUUUCCGUGGAUUGACAUUUGUUCAGACUGAGUGGUAAACAGCGGGUUUUCCUGGGGGAAGUGGUGGGACAAAAAAACCCCAAACAAAUGAACAAAAACUCCCACUCACUCUCUAAACUGGUUUGGCAUAAUUUGUCCCUUGCUAACCCUGAUUAAAAUAAGCCUGAAUACGCUUCUCGAUUUAUACAGAGAGUACUGUUUUCAUCAGGGUUUCCAAGGUAAGUUCAUGACCAGAUUGAACCAGGUACAUUUCAGUCAGGACUAGGAAUGAUCAAAUGUAACACCACACCAGAAAAAGGGGGUGGGAAGUGAUUUGUGCCUAAGCAGGAUGCAGUAAGGAUGAAAUAAUGGUUUUGAGCCUGUGACUGUCUCUUGAUUCAUAAGAGCUGUUUCUACUGUGUUGGACGUAAAGUCCCCAGAAACAGAAAUAUAUCAGGUACAGACCAAACUGCAUGUUAUUUUAUUGAUGCAUUUUGGGGGCAAUGGGUGCUUGAAUUUUACUUGGGGUGGGGGGUCAGCAGCUGUGAGCUCACUAUUCAGAGCUUGCUCCUCAUCUGGAUCAGGGCCUCACACUCAUUCCCUAUUUGCUGCUAAGUUCCUUUUGCAUUCCUUUUGCAGUAAACAGCCGUUUCAGGGGCAAGUAGCAGGUAUAGAGAGGGAGGGUCAGCAGGAAAUGGGUGUGAGCCCCUAAUCUGCAUCGGGAAGAUGUUCCAGAUUGGGGCUUCAUGGCUGCCUUUUUUCUUCAAAAUGGCUGCUAGUUUAAGAACAUUGUUAAAUAAGUGAAUAACAAAUAAUUGGGCCACAGUAUUAUCAUAAUUAUUAUUACAUAUUGAAUGUGUUCUUUGCUCUAUCUUGCCCAGGGCAACCAAGAGUGACAAACAAACAAACAAACAAACAAACAAAACCCACCCCAUAGAUGCAUCAAAAUCAAGAAGAAAAAGAAAUACAUUAAAAACAUUCCACCCAUUUCUAAAAGACAGACAGAUAGUUCAAGGCCAAAGGCCUGGUUAUAGGGGAAAGUUUUUGCCUGGUGCCUAAAGACCCUGAUAAAUAAAAUAUGGGACUAAUAUCCAUCCAAUUUCUUCACUUUUAGUGAUCACACCAUUUGAUUUAUAUAAAGAAUGUUUUUAUAGCUAAUAUAAGUAUAGCUAAUAAAUAUAUGGAUUUUUGAUAACUUUGUACUCCCCCAUCCUUCCAGGGCAUUAACAAUUAAGGUAAAGGAACAGAUUAUGACAAAAUGAAUGGUCACAUCAAUACACAUCAGAAUAUUUUAAAUGUGCAUGUGUACUCAAACAGUUUUUUAAAAUAAAAAAACCAUUGCUUUCAAUCGGUUGGGCUGUUGUGUACCAAUAACAUGAAUUUAAAAAUGUCUUGUAGCUAAUGAAUUUGUUCAGCACACCGUCAGAUUUCUUACAAGAAUAUACCCAAAAGGAACCCGGGCCAACUCUUCCAAUUAUAACCCUCAAGAAUUCUGGAACGUUGGGUGUCAGAUAGGUAGGUGAUUUCAAGUUGUCGUCAUUGUUAUUGUCGUUCAGAACAUGUCUUCUUGCUUAUGUAUGGCGCAAGGCUUGACAUUUCAUUACAAGAAUUUUUCACUCCUGUGAAAGAUUGUCAGCAUGGAUUCCUUUUCAACCUUUUGUUCUUGCACAACUUGGAUACAACACAAAGAAAGGGUGCUUAAUUCCCAUUCAAAUCAGUGGAGUUAUUUCUGUGGACUGCUGAUGAAGUGACUGGACUAGUCUAUGUAUCUAGCUUCAGAAGCAUUGCCCAGACAUCCCCAGCCUCUUGCUGCUACAGUCAGAUCAAUGGAGACACCUGAGUUCCAGUAAAAGAGUGCAAGUGUUUUGGCUUUCCCCAUGUAGACGUUUGCUCUUCUUUGCUUGCUCUCCAUGGAGUAGGUGAGAGAACCUGUUUCUGCUGUUGCCUCUCUUACCUACUAUCCUGACUCCAGGUCCCACCUGGUUCUCCGCCAAUUAUAGCCGCUCCUGUCUUGCUGCAUGCUUUGCAGUAUAGAGCUAAGAGUGAGUCGUGUAUUGAGCUGUCUGUCUAAAUCUACGCCCCUCCUUUGUUGUAGCUAACAUUUGUUGUAACUGAAGAUUUGCUGAUAUUGAGACAGAUCACAGACAGAUAUCUCACACGCAGUAUUUAGCUAUCGCAUCCGUAAAUGUUAAAACAGGAACAUGGCGUGCAGUGAGGAAAUUGGCAUGGGUAAAUUGUAGAAUCAAAUCACAGUUUUGGGAAUAGCAAAGCUCCUGAAAGACAAGCCUUCUAAUGUAGCAAAACAUAUACAAUAGAACCUUACACUCAGCAAAAAUUAGUAUGCCUCCCACACGCAACUGCAGUGUAGGUUGGAAACAACUGGGUUAGUACAGCUAUACAAUUAUUUUCUUUUAUUUAUGAAGUAAAAUGAAAAGCAGUGAUACAUGCACUAGAGGAAAAUGCACGGUGAUCAUUUAAAUAAAGUGUUAUUAUCUGCAUUGCAUUUAUUUGACAUAGUAAGAAAUAACAAAAAAAAAGAGGUUGUAGAAUUCAAAAUGCUUUUUGAGGUAUUGCCUUAGCAUUAAUGAAAUGGGAACUUUUCACACAAAUGCAGUACAAUCCUGUGUAUGUCUACUAGAAGUAAGCCCACUGAGUUCCAUGGGAUUUACUCACAGGCGUGUGUGUGUGUAUGUAUAUAGUUGCAUCCGUAGUGUAACUGUAGCAAUGCUAAAUAGUCAUUUAAUGCCAACAAAUAUUUUUGAAGUAUUUAUCAUGUUAUCAAAAUCAAGUUAGAGAUAUUAAUGUUCUAUGUAACAGCGCAAUGCAUCCCAACUGUUCAUAGAUGAACAGUUAACAGUCCAGUCCAUAAGCUAUUGCCAGACAUGGAAGAUCAGACUUUCACAUGGAACUAUUAUAGUCACAAGAUCUCCCUAAUAUUACCUAUUUCCAGUGUUCAGGCUGUGAGUUCUAAGACAGCACAUGUACACAAGAGGGAGGAUGGGGAAACCUCCAGUGUUUGCAGAAUUACAGCCAUUUUUAGAGGAAAGAAACCCUAAGAGGAGGGAAAACCUUCAUUUUAGCUGUGGGUUUGAGGGCAUAACUAGAUGUGUCGUGAGAGAUCUCCCACAAAAUUUCUUUUUUCUUUUUUAAUGGCAGAUAUGGGGUGAGUUAGAUCAGAUUGGGACUGCAAUAUUGAAGGGAGUGGGGUUAACCCUUUUCUUCUGCACCUUUUUCUCUCCCUCCAAGUUAUUAUUGGCCUGAUGGAGAAACUUAAAGAUACCCACAUUAUACCUAUAAGUUGCCCCUUUGAAGCAAAUGGCGGCUCCGGGAGGGGCAAUUUUGACCUACCCUCCCACAGUCCAAAACCCCUACAACUUCACUGUGGCUACUUAACAACAACAACAACAACAACCCAACAUGAGAUCCUAAUCGUGAGAGUCAUGUCUUAUUUGGCCCUGACUCAGAAAAGUUAUACUACUGUAGGUAUAAAGUCAGCUUGAAAUAUGCCUUGUGAAAUUCAGCAGGACAUUUAGAAGGAUGUCCAGUACACCAGGUCCUACCUCUGCCGUCUGGGUUUCCUUUUAAGCAAAGAGAAUCAUGAAUCAGUAUUAUUGUUUUUAAAUGACCAACUCAUGCUUCACAGUUUCUAUAAGCACGUGUUUACUCCCUGUGCAGGGGUGGGAAUGAUAACUAAAUCUGAAGAUUCCCAAGGAAUAUGAGUCUGGGAAAGCAAAAAGUUCACGACCCUUUCUUUCCAAGACUAAAUCUUGAAACUAUGCAUGUGAAUGGAUUAAAGUGUUUCUUUAUUUUGUAUAUGAUGUUUUUUGCUGCUGCUUUCCCCCCAAAACAAAGCCUGAGAAAACAGAGCCAUUUUCAUUGUGGUUCCGGUUUGGUUCUUUUUCGAAUGAAGUCUUAAAAUAAUAUAAUGUCUACUUUGUUGUGUUUCUGUUUUUUAAAAUAACAUUGGAGUAAAAGUGUUACAUUGGAGUUACAUUCAGCGACCAUUUUAAGCAUGAGCGAUAUAUGGCAUGAAUGUUUUAGGCAUGACCCAUGCAAAUCGGGCGCUGCCUGCAUUGUGAGCUUAGAUAUUAUCUUUUGCAGCAUAUGUGUAACAUUUGGCGUACAUAUUCUGUUUAUUUAACUGUUAAAGGAGUCAGUCUGAACAUUCACACCCCACAGCCAGGAGGCAACAUUUCAAAAUGAGAGCAUGAGACUCUACCUGCCCUUGAUCAUUACUACCUAUAUACUUACCCAUUAAAAAUAUUAGAAGUCUAGGUGCUGAGCUCAUGAGAAUGUAGAUGCCCCAGACUAGUCCUGGGGUCUUCUUGGAUAGAAUGUGUGAAAUAGAAGCUCUCAGAAUGUUUUCCAAAUAAAUCCAAGACCCCAGCUCUGUGGAGCUGGAGCUAGAGUUGGACUAGUUGCCAAAAUUGUCCCCAGCCUUGGAAUUUUAUUGCAUCCACAAUCAUGUUUGCAGUUGCUUAGUAAAACUGCAGAAGAGAACCUGGUCCACUGUCUCCUGUUAGAGCAGGUGUGGGGAACCUUUGACUCUCUAGAUGUUGCUGGCCAACUUCCUUCCAUUCUGCCUGGGAUUGAGGGCACUUGUAGUUCAGCAACAGGAAGGGCUGUGGCUCAGUGGUAUAGCAUCUGCUUUGCAUGCAGAAGGUCUCACGUUCAAUCCCAGCAUCUUCCGGUAGAGUUGGGAUUAUCCCCUGCUUGAAACCAUGGAGAGCUGAUAGUGGUCAGCAUAGUCAAUACUGAACCAGAUGGACCAGUGGUCCGACUCUGUAUAAGACAGCUUCCUAUGUCCAUAAUAUCUGGAAGGCUGAAGGUUCCCCUUUAAUCUCAGCUCGUUACAGUACCUGUACAAAAGACACCUGUCUACAGAAGCAAUCAAUCUAGCAGAUUCCAAACUAGCCACCAUGACCAAGACCUUAGCUGUCUAAGGAUGUCAGGGACAAAAUUGUAGACCUGCACAAGGCUGGACUGGGCUAAAGACUAUUGCCAAGCAGCUUGGUGAGAAGGUGACAACAGUUGGUGCAAUAAUUCGCAAAUGCAAGAAACACAAAAUAACUGUCAACCUCCCUUGGUCUGGGGCUCCAUGCAAGAUCUCAUCUCAUGGAGUUGCAAUGAUCAUGAGAACAGUGAUGAAACAGCCCAGAAGUACACGGGAGGAACUUGUCAAUGAUCUCAGGGCAGCUGGGACCAUAGUCACCAUGAAAACAGUUGGUAACACACUAUGCCGUGAAGGACUGAGAUUUUGCAGAGCCCACAAGACAGCACAUGUACAGGCCUGUCUGCAGUUUGCCAAUGCACAUCUGAAUGACCCAGAGGAGAAGUGGGUGAAAGUGUUGUGGUCAGAUGAGACCAAAAUUGAGCUUUUGGCAUCAACUCAGCUUGCUGUGAUUGGAGGAGGAGGAAUGCUGCCUACGACCCCAAGAACACCAUCCCCACCAUCAAACAUGGAGGGGGACAUAUUAUGCUUUGGAGGUGUUUUUCUGCUAAGGAGACAGGACCGCAUUGAAGUGACAUUGAACGGGACCAUGUAUCAUCAAAUCUUGGGUGAGCACCUCCUUCCCUCAGCCAGGGCAUUGAAAAUGGGUUGAGGAUAGGUAUUCCAGCAUGACAAUGACUCAAAACACACGGCCAAGGCAACAAACAAGUGGCUCAAGAAGAAGCACAUUAAGAUCCUGGAGUGGCCUUGCCAGUCUCCAGACCUUAAUCCCAUCGAAAAUCUGUGGAGGGAGCUGAAGGUUCGAGUAGCUACACAGCAGCCUCAAAAUCUUACUGACUUGGAGAGGAUCUGCAAAGAGGACUGGGACAAAAUACCUCCUGAGAUGUGUGCAAACCUGGUGGCCACCUACAAGAAACCUCUGACCUCUGUAAUUGCCAACAAGGGUUUUGCCACCAAGUACUAAGUCAUCUUUUGCAAAGGGAUCAAAUACUUAUUUCACUCAUUAUAAUGCACAUCUAUCUCUGACUUUUGUCUUCUGGGUUUCUGGGGGUUUUCCUGUUAUUCUGUCUCUCACAGCUAUAGUAAACCUACCAUUAAAAUUAUGGACUGGUCAUUUCUUCAUCAGAGAGCAAACAGGCAAAUUUGGCAGGGGAUCAAAUACUCCCCCCCUCGCGCGCGCGCUCUCUCUCUCUCUCUCUCUCUGUGUGUGUGUGUAUGCUACAGACUUUUUAGAGGACACAGUGAUCUUGAAAUCCAGUCUAGGUAAUUAAUAAGGAGCCAAAAUGAUUUCAGGUAUUAAACUUCCCCUUGAGUCUUCCUGACAAUCUUAAGGGUUUUGCUAUCAUAUUUCCUUAAUUAAUGUAUUAAAGGCCUACUUUGGCAACAGGGAAUAAUGAAGCUGACUAAAGGCAGUGUGCUGUCAAAAACACAAUGCAUUUUAGAUGAUAUUAAAAACAUCUCCCCCGUCUCUUUCAGGAAGUUCUUUUAGGCCAAAGUGUGAAUAUCAGAUUGAUUUGCCCAUUUCAGUAAAACCCCAGCUUAGAUUUCUUUUAAUGAGCAGUCCCCCCCACCCCACAGAUAUUCCUCUCCUACCCCCAUAUACAAAGGAUCCUGGUGGAAAUGCGUUUUCAGGUGUAAUUGGGAAAUUGCAAUGAAUGAUUUAUAAUAACUUUUAAAAUGCUUUUGCAGCGGAGGCACCAACAUUUGCAGUUAAACGGGGAAAAUGAAUGUAAUUAAAAACAUUAAAGUAACCGAGACCUUUAACUUUGCAGAUGAAAAUGACUUUAUAGCUAUAAAAUGUAAUUAGUCCAAACUUUUCUUGACACUGCGGCUGCUUGCAUAAUUUCUGCCAAAUCUCACAAAGCAUAUGCCCUUCCAUAUGCCUCAUCUGAGAUCUUCCCUCCCCGCACCCACCAUCAUUUUUACCCAUAACAGUUACGUUGAAAGUUAAUGAUGACAAUACAUUCCCUAUGCAGGUUUACUUGAAAGUGAGUCCCACUCUGUUCAAUGGGGCUAAAUUCCUUGCGUGUUUAGGGAAGGGCCAUAGCUCAGUAGCAGAAACCUCUGAUUUGCACCCAGAAGGCCCCUGAUUCAAACCCCAGCAUCUCCAUGCAGUACUGGGAAUGUUCCCAUGUUGAACCCUGGAGAGCCUCUGCCACUCAGGGCAGGCUAGGUUUGUGGGGGGGGGGAGACCUUUGGCCCUCCAGAUGUUGCUGAACCACAGCUGGCCAUACUUGCUUGUGCUGAUAGGAAGCACAGCUUAGAAACAUUUGGAGGGCCAAAGAUUUCCCACACCUGGUGUGGACAAUCCUGAUCUAGAUGGACUGAGUUCUUCCUGCACUCCUGAUUUGAUCAUUAAUAUGCAGCGAUGAAAUUGGGCAUUUUAAGUGCCUUCGUUAAAUGCUGAUGUGUAUUACUUCAUUUACUUCAGUAUGUAGUUAGCCUGCCCUGCUGCACUUGGGGCUGCUACUGCUUAUUCUGCUGAGUAGGGCCCCUGGAUAUCUGCCUCAAAGACCUGCCUUGACAGCACCACUGUUAGUACACAUAUUUGGAAAUGCAGUAGAUCAGCACAAACUGACCAGGGGCUUAUCUACACCUCUUUUUGAUUUCUCUCAGUUUCCUAUCUUUCUAAAGUUCUAAAUAAUGCUGUUUUCACAAAUAUAUGCAUUUACAAUGCACACUUUCACACAGGGUAGCAAAUUUUGUAGAAGUGCAAAUUUUGAAAAAUAGCUGCAUUUUUGUUUGCAUAUUAUUUUGGGAAUUCUGAAUUUCCAGUGAGUCCAGAAAUAUCAGUUAUAGAUCAGCCUGUAAGGAUGCCAGUUCAGAAUCCAGAACUCAAAACAGUGACACCAAGAAGGAUGCACACGCACACCCCCCACACAGCAUAACAAAGCAAGGACUCUAAAAUUCAGACAUUUCUUCCUCAGAUAUAAAAUGUGAAGCUGACAGCAUGCAGUCAGUAGUUCUACAUUUAUCUCAUAGGAAGAGAGAAUAAGCCUCUUCUGAAUUACUCUUAAACAUGACUUGUGCCUCUUUGGGUCGGUAUUUCUCUCUGGCAAACAAUCAAGUUCCUUUGAUUUUUUAAAAACCCAAAAUCAUUUAUCUAUUUUAUGUGUGUCAUGUUUGUGCUUUACUAGGCUGACUAGUGAAUUUUCAAUAUGAGGAGCACCACAGUCCUAGACAAGGGAAGAUUUUACUUCAUGCCAGUGAUAACUGUGCUGUCUUUUUACUAUGAAUUAUAAUAUCCUGUUCCAGGCAGUGUGCUGUUUUAUUUCCAAAACUGCAGCAGCAAAACAACGGAAAGUGUUUUGAGCUACUGAGAAAAGGAAAUUCUGACAGUUUUGUGUUCAAGAUAAAGACCAGUGCUUUAUGAUUAAACUGCAAGGAGGGCUUGUGUAGCAAUUCAAAAUGUUUAGACUACAGAAUGGUGCAUUUUCACAUAACUUACAUAGAUUGUCAAGCAUAUUUUCAGUACAGGUGUUGUUGUUUUUACUAGAAUUAGGUUUUACUACUUAUCAUUAAAUUAGAAGAGCAGAUCUUGUUUCUCUCUCUCUUUCAUUCGACACUGAACAGCCGCUGAAGGGUGAGUGGGAUCUGUCAGCUCUGCUUUGUAAUUAAUCCAUAAUUUAAAUUUAUUAGGGGUUCUGCAGAAUAGUUAAUUCAGAAACCAAGGCUGUCCAAAUUAAUUAUAAACAGGCACUUUCAUGUUUAUUAUGGCAUUGGUGCAGCGCGAGUUUUCUAGAAAAAGAGGUGCCAGGACUUACUAUGAACACCUCCCUCGUUCUCUUAGAAUGGCAAUGGCACCCACCUGAGAGGUGCUGGAACUGAGUUCAAGUGAGUUCAGGCUGAAAAAAGCUCUGCAUUGGUGCAUACAAUGACAUAGAAGCACCUGAGCACUUUCUCAGCUUGCACGGUAAGGGUUCCACCAACCCUGCUACCAGAUUUGUCCCUGUGUGGUUGAAUAAACAUGCUAGAAGCAUCUGAGAGAAUGCAGUCUUUUCUCUGCAGCUCGUGGUUUUCUUACAGCUCCUUCAAACCUCAUAGCACAAGGGAAUUACAUCUGAAAGGCACUCAAGAGUUCCAGGUAGGCUUUCCCCCGGUGUUUUGGCAUGACUAGACCUCACAGAACAUCCUAUGCAGAGACCAUUGCUCCAUCUAGCUCAGAAUUGUCAACUCCCAUCCUUCCCAGCUAGCAUUGUCAAUGGCCAUGGAGGAUGGGAUUGUAGUCCUGCAAAAUCUGGGGGGCCACGUGUUCCCCACCUCUAGUCUACACUUAAUAGCUGUGACUACCUAGGGUUUUGGGACGCAGGUAGUGCUGUGGGCUAAACCACAGAGCCUAGGACUUGCCGAUCAGAAGGUCGGCAGUUCGAAUCCCCGCGACGGGGUGAGCUCCCGUUGCUUGGUCCCUGCUCCUGCCAACCUAGCAGUUUGAAAGCACGAAGUGCAAGUAGAUAAAUAGGUACCGCUCUGGCGGGAAGGUAAACAGCAUUUCUGUGUGCUGCUCUGGUUCGCCAGAAGUGGCUUAGUCAUGCUGGCCACAUGACCCGGAAGCUGUACGCCAGCUCCCUCGGCCAAUAAAGCGAGAUUGAGUCGGCCCUUUACCUUUUUACCUAGGGUUUCAGUCUGGGUUGUUUCCCAGCCCUCUUUGAUUGAGCUUGGGACCUUCUGCAUGCAAGCAAGAUGCUCUACCAGUGAGCUAUGGCCAUUCUCUGCUAUGGACUGUGGUUCCAUUUCUGUGGGAUCUCCACUCUGAAUGGAACUCUAAAAUCCAUACAGAAAAUUGGAAGCUGCAGAAUUCAUUGGUGUGCAGGUACCAAACUAACCCUUCAGUUUGAUUGAAAAGUACAAAUUCGUAAAGUCCUGCUAUAUAGCACAUGGAAUAUAUUUAUUUUUAUGUACAUGCACCUAGGUAAAUGGAUUUUUCAAAACUUACUUUUUUACUGUUUUAAUUGAAGUAUGAGGUGUUUUUUUUUUUAAAAAAAUGAAAUUUACCUCCAGACUAAGGAACUGCACCCUGUGAAAAAAUGUGUCUCAGCAUGUUGGAUCAGUACAUUUUCCACGAAGCCAUAAAGCAGUCAGCUGUUUGAGGCCAAUGUUUGCAAGGUCCUCUUCCACAUCAGAGCAUCUGAGGCUGGCGACGUAUUAGUGAUGCCAAUGGGCCCUUAGCCUGUGGCCACACAGCUAAUGCCAAGUGUUACCUGUGCUGUUGGGAUUGUGGCAGAGCAACACUUGCUGCUACCACAAUUUAAGGAGAGAGGUGUCAUAGGGGUGGGGUUGGUGAUCCGUUAGAGGAAGGGGGCGUUGUCAUGUUGUAAGGUUAGGGGAUUGAGAGAUUGGCAAGGUUUAAGAGGAGUGGGGUAGGCUGGAUUUGCCAGUAAGAUAAGCAGGGGCACAGCCCCUAGUGCAUGUGUGUAUAGGUGAAUGUGUGUGUGCAGUUUAUGGACCCUUUCUCUUAGUAUAGUAUGCAUUUUUUUACACACCAUUGGCUAGAAAACUACAUUCAAUACGGGCCCAAUUCAAAAUGCUGGUUUUGACCUAUAAAGCCUUAAAUGGCUCAGGACCACAAUACCUCAAGGACUGUCUCUUCCCAUAUGAACCUACCUGGACCCUGAGAUCAUCUUCUGAGGCCCUUCUUCGUGUGCCUCCUCCGUGAGAGGUCAGGAGGGCAGCAUGAGAACGGGCCUUCUCUGCAGUGGCUCCCCAUCUGUGGAAUGCUCUCCCCAGGGAAGUUCACCUGCUGCCUUCACUAUACACCUUUAGGAGCCAGGCAAAAAUGUUCCUUUUCAACUAGGCCUUUGCCUGACUUGAUCUGCAUCCUUUUUAAAAAAUGCUGCCUCUUUUUUGGGGGGGGGGGUUUGCUUGGGUUGUUGGUUUUGUUUUGAUUUUAUGUAUUUGAUAUUUUAUGUGAACUGCCCUGAGACCUUCGGGUAUAGGGUGGUAUAGAAAUCAAAUAAAUAAUAAUAAAAUAAUAAUAAUACAUUGCAAAAUUCAGGGAAAUUUCAAUGGACGGCUGUGUUUCAGUUUGCAUAUUGUUUCAGAAAGUGUUGAUUAGGUACAUUUGCCUUUACAGUGGUACCUCGGGUUAAGUACUUAAUUUGUUCUGGAGGUCCGUUCUUAACCUGAAACUGUUCUUAACCUGAAGCACCACUUUAGCUAAUGGGGCCUCCUGCUGCUGCCAUGCCGCCGGAGCACAAUUUCUGUUCUCAUCCUGAAGCAAAGUUCUUAACUUGAAGCACUAUUUCUGGGUUAGCGGAGUCUGUAACGUGAAGCGUAUGUAACCUGAGGUACCACUGUACAUGCGAACUGAAUCUAAUUUCCUCCCCAUCGCUACUGUUACGUAGACAUCAAAGGUUUUGGAAAACAGAAAGGUGGUCCAGCCAUACCCACCCAAAUCCCCAAAUCUAUUCAUCGUUAGAACAAAACUUCCACAAACUGAGGCACUGGACCACCCUUACUAGAGAAGUGGAACCAGUGUGGGGCAAUGCCUGAUAGCUGGAAGCAACUUCUGUGGAUAGGCAGGACAGGAGAGAUUAUGAGUGGAUGGGUAAAAAGAUUGUCAUUGAGUACCUGGGCUGGAAUAAUUGCAAGUUGGCUGUUCUAUAAAUUAUUUGGAAGCAUCAUGUUCCUGCUAUGCAUAUGAAGCUAAUUAUCUUUGUAACCUGCCUUGGGAGGGUUUGCCUUGAAUAUUUCAAAUCCUCUAAAACAAACAAACAAAGCUUACUCCUUAGUAAAUGUGUUUAGGAUUGCAGCCGACAUCGCUCUUGUUCAUCUGUUGCAAUUCCAUACACUAGAGACAUGCAGAGAAUUUUAAUAACUGGGAAUUCCAGAGAGGUAUGGCUGCCACUCUUCCAUAAUUUUGAAAGAUUGGUCAUAUUUUUGGAGCACUGCUGCCCGCAAUAAGCAGAAAAAUUAUUAUAGAUGGAGUUUGCACAUACUGGUUUAUGAAGGCAAAAAUGAGUGUUUGAACAAACAAAUCAGAGCAGCCUUCCAUUUUAUACAUUUGGGGGAGGGGAGGACCUCUGGAGGCAGUAAAACUACAAAGCAUUUUUAAAAAAGAAGCUAACAAAUAAAAGCAAUUUUGUAAAAAAAGAAAAAGAAAAAAAAGAAGCAGCAGCAAAAUGUGUAGUAACUACCCAGCACAUGGACUAAGGGUGGGGCUUUCACAUCAUAGAUGAGCUAGGUGAUGAAUUGAUCCUUGCCAUAUGUGAAGCCAAACUGCUAAGGCACUGCUGCCAAUAAAAGCUGUAGCCUUGUUACUGCACCGCAGUAAAAUUUCACUCACAGCCUUGCAAUAUACCUGGGUUUGCAAAACAAAAAGCAUUGGAUGAAUUUACAUAACCAUGAGCUAUGAUCCCUCUUUCAAAGUGCCGUCAACUAAGGCAGCCUGAUCAGCUAAUUCCAGCCUGAUCCUCUUAAUGUCCUACUGAUUUGCUCUACUCAGUCUGAGAUUGGUUAGUUUGUCCAUAAUAUUCUUAUUUUAAAAAUGGAAAACCUUCUAAGAAGACACCAUAAUAGCUGUAUCUACUCAAGUGCUUUGAAUCCAGAGCUGGAGUUACUGUGGUGUGUAUAUUCAAGCAGCUUGCAGGGUGGAUAUUGUAAAUAUAUAUAUUUAAAUUGUAGCCUCCUGCUGCCUACCUUUCUGUAAUUGAACAUUCUGCUUUUUCAUACAGUGGCCUUAAAUUUCCAAACAGCAGGACUGCAAAUGGAUCUUCAAACUGGGAAAUUUUUGGAUAAUGGUGGUUCUGGCUAUUUACUAAAACCAGAAUAUCUAAGAAACAGAGACACACAAUUUACUCCACAUGCUAUAUCUGCAAACUGUCAACCAGUGCUUCUUACUAUAAAGGUCAGUUCAUUUUGUUGAUAACAUUCUUUUAUCUAAUUUGCCAGACCACUUGUGCUUUUUUUUUUGCAAAUAAAUACUAAUACUAUCUCUGUAUUUUCCACCUCAGCUCGUAAUAAGCACUUCAAGUAACCUGUACCCGAUAGCUGACUGGUGUCAAUUGGCAGCAUAAUUGCUGCUGAGCUGAGUUUAAGAUUUUGUUGUUGACAUAUAAGUCCAGCACAGCUUAGGACCUGGUUAUCUGAGAAGGAGGACCCUUCUACCUAGACCAGCUUGUUCACUUAGGUUGUCAGAUGAAGUCCUUCUAGGCAUCUAGUAGAGACACAUAUGGCAAGUCGAAGGAGGGCCUUCUUUGUGUUAGCCCCCACAUUGUAUUAUGAACUCCACUUAAAUAUAUGAUGGGCACCUAUGGUGAAGGUGUCCUGCAGCUUGGUAGAUAUUGAACUAUGUACAUGGGCACUCCCAAGCUCAGAUGCUUAAUACUGACUUUACCAAACCCUUAAUAUUCUGCGUAAUGUUUUAUUGUUAUUGUGUUGUACUGGUUUUAUUUUGUAAACUACCUUGUUAUUUUUCGCAGUGAAAGGCGGCCUAUAGUUAAUUUAAAAUAAAAAUGUGGACCCCUGUGCUAUCAUUUGCAUAUGGUUCCUCUCUCUUUGCUUUCCGGUAGAUUUGUGAAGAUGCAUAAUAGCUUCAAGGCACUUACUCAGCUAUAAACAUGAUUCAAGUCACACUUAUAGAUCAGCCAUUAUGAAAUGUGGAGGAAUGAUACACACACACAUAUAUAUUGCUGCAGUCCCACUGAUUCCAGUGACACUGCAUAAGCAGUUUCUGAAUUUUCCUCCUAGGAAUGUGCAAAGGGAAGUCCUGGGGCUGAUGCAAGUAUGAAAUGAGUUGAUUGCAAGGGGAUAUGCCUACAUUGUCAAAUUGUAGGUGCUAAUUAAAAACUCCUGUUUGCUCAGGUGUCUGGUGGCACUUGAUUGACUACCUGCUCUGUUUUAUACUUACUGUAUAUUACCUGCUUCUUUUUUAAAUUUGUGUAAUUAUUUUUAAUUGAUUAAUGAAUUGUUUUAAUCAGGUUGUUGAGACAGGUGGAAUAUAAAUAUUUUAAAUGACUAAUGAACAACCAUCCAACCAAAUAGCCUUGGCUGCAGCAAAUACCACUUUAGCCUCCAAAAGUUUGUGCAUUACAUCAACAGGAUACAGGUUUUAAAACAUAGAUAGCUCCAGAGCAGCCUUCCCCAACCUGGUGCCCUCCAGAUGUUUUAGACUACAAUUCCCAUCAGCUCUAGCUGUGCUGGUGGGAACUGAUUGAUGUUCAAAACAAAUGGAGGGCACUAGCUUGGGGAAGCGUUGUCUGUGGAAAGAGUUAGAGCCCUUAGCACACCCAGAGCACAACAGGGUUUUUAUUCCAGUGUAUGUUUGCUAGUCUCUACCUGGUUAUUAACUAGGGAUGCAGGUGACACUGUGGUCUAAACUACUGAGCCUCUUGGGUUUGCCGAUCAGAAGGUUGGCAGUUAGAAUCCCCGCGACGGGGUGAGCUCCCGUUGCUCUGUCCCAGCUCCUGCCAACCUAGCAGUUCGAAAGCAUGCCAGUGCAAGUAGAUAAAUAGGUACCACUGUGGCGGGAAGGUAAAUGGUGUUUCUGUGUGCUCUGGCACUCGUCAAGGUGUUCCUUUGCGCCAGAAGCGGUUUUGUCAUGCUGGACGCAUAACCCAGAAAGCUGUCUGUGGACAAACGCCGGCUCCCUUGGCCUGAAAGCGAGAUGAACACUGCAACCCCAUAGUCACCUUUGACUCACCGUAACCAUCCAGGGGUACUUUACCUUUUUUACCUUUACCUGCUCACAGAAGUUAUCUCUAUUUAUUUAUUUUUGUCCGACUUUAUCCUUUGAUUACUCCGAAGCUGCUUGAUCUGGCUCCCAUACUGGUGGUUUGUUCUGCCUCGUGACUAAAAGAGCUCAAAAACAAGAGCUUACCCUUUUCCUGCCUGUUAUGUUUUGUUUGCCUUUGACUUCAUAGGGACCUUGCCCCCACAGCUGGUGCUGCUGAUCAGAUGUCCAUCCAUCUUAGUGAUGGAUGCUGGAGAAUCAUGGUGGCUAGAGGGUCAGGUUUGGAUAUAUAAAACUCUGCUUCAGAUCCCCUCUGGACUGCAAAGUUUAAUGACUGGUUGUGGGGAUCUUUUCGUGAACUGCCCCACAGGCAUGUUGUGAAGCUAAAUGGCACACUGACCUCCUUGGAGGAAGGUUUAGGGCACAUUUGCAGCAUGUUCCAAAUUUCUUCAGACGUUGCUGUAAGUGGCCUCAACUUUGGGUUGCUUGAACCUGCAGGACACCAUCCAGUUAAAUCGGGGCUUGCACUCAGUUUAGUAAUGCAGUCUGAAUCCAUUCCUGUACCUUACUUCUAUCAGGAGGCAGGUUGGCUUUCCUCUUAUCAGUUAUUGUUUUUGUUAUGCUGAGAUUAACUAGCUUAUUUUUCACAUAUAACCUAUAAAUAUCAUUUGUGUGCUAAAACUUUGUGAAACAGACCUUUUAGUUCAAGCUGUGAGGCUCAUACGUAGCAGUGGUACUGAAAAAUUGCCAGUCAGAACUAAAAUAAAUCACACCUGCUUGAUUUAUUAUCUGCAAUAUUUCCUUGUGCUUUUCCUCUGCUUGCUGUUGGAAAUAAAUACCUUGAGUACCACAGAUGCUGAGACUAGCUUCUUGCAAAUGCUAUUUAGUCAUCAAAGGCAUUUGGCACAUUAUUAAAUACCACUGCUGUAGUUCAUUGUCUUGUUACACAGUUGCCAUUUUGCCCUGCGUUUGCAAACAUGUGACAAUGAGCCAGCUUUGUAACACCGAUUCAGAUUUUUAAAAAAUGCACUCAAAAAGUUUGCCCCACUUAAUUAAUUGCAAAAAAAAAAAAGACUGAAAGAUUUUGUUCAUGCCAGUGUGUGCUUUUAAUUAACAGAAAUUCUUCACUUAAGUAAGGGCUGUCUCUCUGGUUUGAUCCAAUAAACACUUAACAUGUUGCAAUUUUACUGGGUUUUGAGCCUUUUGUUUAAGGGGCUCAAAGGCUAAGGGAGCAAUCCACAGUCCCAGCCAAGGAACAGUAGUGCUGGGCAGAGGGACAGCAACACUAAGGCAUUCAAAGUUCUGCUCUUGGCACUGGCCUGCGCACUGGCCUGCGCAGAAGCCUAUUUUACGUUUUGCUAGCUCUAGGUUUCUGCUGCAGAAAGGCCCAGUUGAGCCCCAUCUGUGGCUGCCAGGAGGAUCCAUGGCUGGCUCAGCUCUGCCGCUCCCCCCAUCCCCACAAAUUUCAGGGGCUCCUGAAGGGAGCAAACACCCCGGGUAGGUUGUCAACAGCUUGUGCUUUUGGUGGGCACAGCAGAAACAGCCCCCUGCCAUCUGUGGAGCUGCUGGUGGUGGAGAAACCUCUGCCGCAUCCGAACCUGCCACUCCCUCCCCCAGAGGAGUACAGAACCACGGUUUAGGAUUGCUCUGCAAGGAAGUGAAGUGGGAAAUCCCUGGUUCAAAUGUCACCUCUGUCAUGACCUCACUAGAUUGCCUUGAGGAAGCCAGUGCUCUCUCUGCCUCAGUGCCACACCAGCAGUAUGGGGAUAAUAAUACUUAACCUGCUGUGCAAGGUUACUGUAAGCACCCUGAGAUAAUAUACCCCAAGCCCUAUAUCAAUUUUGAAGUAUUAUGACUAUGAUACUCCAGGCAGCCCUGCCUUUUCAAUGAAGUUGCUUGAUCGACUUCUCUUUGUUGCAGUCCCCCCCCCCUUUUGCUGGCUUUUGCUCCAUUCCUCUUAGCCCUCUGACAUCCCAUAACCCUUUUUUUAAUGGGUUUUCUGUAAAUGUGUAGUGCCUCUGCUUAAAACGUGGUGCUAGGCUUUGGAAUGGGCUUAUUAUGUUUAGGAGCCAGAACACAGCGCAGUGUAUGCACAGACAGAUAUCAAUAGUCUACUGAGACUGAGUGAGUUUCUUUUUCUCUAAUGAAAGGUUGGGAAAGACUAUAAAAUUUCUGUGGGGUUGUGAGGAGAUCAGAAUUGUUCAAGGUCAGAAAGAGAGAGAGAGAGAGAAAAGGGAUUAAGUAGGCGGUGAUUGAAGCAAGUGAUUAGUGAAUGGGUAGAUAUGUACUAAAAAACACCCCUCUAAUAAGACAGUUUUGUGGUGGAUCAGUUGCUAAGAGAUGUUAUAAAAUGAAAUGCCCUUGCAAUAUAGAGAGUAUUGCAUUAAUACAAGGGCCUUUUUAUGAGAAACUAAGGGCACUUCCAGUUGACCUAUUGAGCAUUCACCCUGAUUUGUUUGCACGAUGAUUAGAUGACAUUGACUGUUUAUUGAAAAUUCAUUCUUAUUUGUUUGCAUUGAGGUUAGAUGAGGUUGCGUCAAAGCAUAUGUUAACUCAUAUGUCACAGUGCCUUUUCCCAUCAUUUUCUUUAUUGCAAAAGUCCUAUCUUUUGGAGAAGCUGGAUUUUUGCACAAGACCUCCCAAUCAACUAUAAAACACACAAUUUGAAUUUGCCAAAUAUAUGUUUAAAUUCCACUUGAGCAUAGCAACUGUCUGGCAGUGCCCUAAGUCUGAGAAAUACAGGCAUGGAAGCACCCUUUGGAGCAGGAUGUAAGAUGUGUUGCAUAGCAUUCUACUCAAACUUCACCUGAUAUACUCUGAGAGAAGACUUAUGGGCAUUAGCUUUUGCAGGUUUGGUCUAACUAUACGAAAGAGAUUUAUGCAAAUAACAAGCAAAGCAAGAAGCACAUCUAGUACCAAGGACUGAGUAUAUUUUGCCAGUGACAAACUGCUGCUGUUAUCCAUUGGGAUUUUCAAAAGUGGUGUUGAAAUCAUAAGUCAUCAUUACUCGGUAUAAAAUGUAGAACCGUUGAUACACACUGUGAUUUGCAAAGUAGCAUGAGCAAAAAGGAGAAGUAUUUGUCCCAAGAAGCUUGUUGCAAGCAGCAUUCUGACAGAACAGAGACAAAAAGAGGCACAGAAGAUGGAGAGGAGGGGAAGUGCGGAAGAAGAACAUGCUCAAGUUCACUGUACUUAUUUUUACUUUCAAGAGGGAACGAAGACCUCCUCUUACCUAGCUACAGAUUCACUUGGGGGUCUUGGGUGCAGAAAAUGCUAAAGAUUGCACAUAAAUGAAGGAAAACAGAAGCUCAUACUAGGCAUUAUAUGUCAGGUGUGUGUGUUUUUUUAAAAAAAUCUUUUUAAAAUGAAAAGUGGCCAUGGGAAUUGUAAUCCCAAGUGGAGGAAUAGCAGGUGAGGAGUUUCUUGAUCCUUUCCCAUGUAGUCAUUUUUCCCCCAUUCAAAAUUGCCCUUCCUCUUGCUGCUUUUCCAUCUGUGGUGAUUCGAUAAUAUGUAUAUGGGAGGAAAAGAAGCUUGGAUUCCCCAGUAUUACACAGAAAACUGAGAGGACAUGAUUAAGCAGCCCCUCCCUCCCACCAUUCCUCUUGCCCCAAUUAUAGCAGCCCAAACACUUGUUUUUACAGCUGUUUCAUAGUUAAGGGUCAAUAAUGCUCAGUUAGCUUUGUCCUGUGUGGUAGGCUUCCCUGUCUGUUUUUCAGUAAAACCAUUGAUGCCAGAAUAAUAAUCAAUUGCAUUUUACAGUGGUACCUCGGGUUAAGUACUUAAUUCGUUCCAGAGGUCUGUUCUUAACCUGAAACUGUUCUUAACCUGAAGCACCACUUUAGCUAAUGGGGCCUCCCACUGCCACCGCGCCCCCGGAGCAUGAUUUGUGUUCUCAUCCUGAAGCAAAGUUCUUAACCCGAGGUACUAUUUCUGGGUUAGCGGAGUCUGUAACCUGAAGCGUAUGUAACCCAAGGUACCACUGUAUAUCCCAGUUGAAGCUUAUGCACUGUUGUUGUUUUUCUGUGCAGCUUAUCAGUGGUCAUCAAUUACCACCUAGCAGUCUCUCCAGGAGUAAUAAAGCUGACCCCCUAGUUCUAGUAGAAAUUUAUGGUGUUCCGGAAGACCAUGCAAAGCAACAGAGCUGUGUAGUUAAGGGCAAUGGUAAGUGCAAAAGUCUAUUGGUUGCGUAAUGCUUCAGUAAUUUAGGGAUUUAACUCAUGGGCUUACAUAGCUUAUCAAAGUUUCGCCUUUGGCAACUGGGCCUAUAUACAGAAACAGCAGUGCAUGAAUUAGUAAGGAAAGCAUGAAUGGUACAUACACACACAGAGUUCUUAUAUGGAAAAUUAAAAAUUCCACUAUUUGAAUGAAUUAGAAAGGACAGGCUAAAAUACAUACAUUUACAUGUGUAUGGGGGAAAGUAGAACAAAGGAAAGAUCAAGCUUUGUUCUAAUUGCAUUCUGUGGAGGUGGACAGGUUUGUUUCCCGCCUUCAUUGUUUACGUCAGAGAUGUAAGUGAGCAGUGGAAGAAAACAGACAGAGAAAAAUGCAGGAAUUUGUAUGUUUAUAGUACCAGUAUACCUCUCUUUCUGUGUUUUUGCUUGUCCCUAGUUGUCCGUUGUGGUUUUUGUGCUUCUUUUGGGGUGUGUACAAAUGUAUGUUACUUGAACAGUUGAGCCACUGCAAAAGCAUACAGUUCCCCACACUGUGUACAUACACUUUCGUUUGCGGAAACAAGCUCAUAGAAAGCCACUCCUGUAUGCUGGCAGCCCAAGCCAGCUGUGUGCAGCGCUGAUUGCUUGGUGCUUGCAACACCACAAAUUCCCCUUUCCUUUUGGUGAUGGGCUGGGCCAGAGCCCAAAGUAGGUGGAGCAAUAGAGAAAGAUUUUACUUGUAUGUAGUAGGCUGCAUUCUACAUAACCUCACACGUGCCUCUCUGUUCUCUAUCUAGCAGGCGGCAUUGUCAGAGUUCAAGGACACAUUCCAUCCAGGCAAAAACACUUGGGGAAUGAAGUGGGGCCACUGGAGGGUAUGUCUCUAUCUGGGGCAGAUGGAGAGGUCUCUAGGCCACAUAUGGUCCCUGAGCCAGAGGUUUCCCAUCCUUGUCAUCUAUAGAAACUGGCCUGAUUGCAGGUGAAUCUUGCUUUAACACUGGAGAUGAGGCAAUGCCUGAGGACAGCAGACUAGCUUGGGGGAAGCAGGGCAGACAGUGUGAAACACAUCAAGCUGUGUCCUCCUGCAUCUCAUUGCAACUCUAUAGGAUCUGCCUAGUGAUAAGGCCAUCCCUGCAGGAAUGUCUGUUUCAUCCCGUCAGCUUCUGGAUUUCAGUUGUUGGGAAUCACAAGUGGCGAAAGCUCUUUGCAUAUGCCUGCUCUCAGGGGUCUCUUUGCAUAUGCCUGCUCUCAGUUUGCAUAUGCCUUCUCUCAGGGGUUUCAGGCAGGGGUCUCCUCCAAUUCUAUGUAGAGAUAUUGGGGGUUGAGAUGGGCACCUUCUGCAUGAGAAACAGAUGCUCUUCCAUUGAGCUGCCUUCUUCUUUGGCGAUCACUCAUAGCCGAGUAAGAUUGUCUUCCAUAAACAUGGUUUUAAAAGUGAGUCUGUAAGUGACUGUGGAGGCCAAUUCUGGACCCACACGUCCUUCCACAAUGGGGACUUAGGUUUCCAGGCAGGAGUUGAUCAUGGUGAGGGUUUUACCAAGCGUGCCUUCCUCUUAGCACAUGAGUUUGAGCAUGUUCAAAGCCCAUGACACCUUUGGUAAAGGCUGUUCUCCAAUUGGAGCACUCGCAGGCCCGUGUUUCCCCGUUGUCGGUGUAUAUACUACAUUUUUUUAGAUUUGCCUUGAGAGAGAGUCUUUGAACCUCUUUUGUUGACCACCAGCAUUAUGUUUAACAUUUUAAAGUUCGGAAUAGAGUAGUUGCUUUGGAAGAUGAUAAUCAGGCAUCUGCACAACAUGACUAGUCCAACGAAGUUGAUACUGAAGAAUCAUUGCUUCGACACUGGUGAUCUUUCCUUCUUCCAGUACACUGGCAUUAGUUUUCCUGCCUUCCCAAGUGAUGUGUAAUUUUUUCGGAGACAUCGCAGCAUCCAACUCCUUGCAGGCUUCCCACAGCCACCAGGUUGGCCACUUUGAGAACAGGGUGAUGGGUUAGAGAAGCCUUUGGCUUGAUUGCUUUCUUAGGCUUGCAGUAGAAAAAAAUAUCCUGGCAAAUGUUUAAAGUUGUGUCUUUUAUGCAUCCUUGCUGCCUUUCCACUAUCUAUCUGAAAAAAAGAAAGAAAAGAAGCAUUACGACAAAAUUAAGGGAGGAAUCAAAUCACUGUGUCACUCCAAAUGGUUCACCUCAUUAUGGUUCACUGCUGGAAACUGUGCAUAGUUGUGAUUAAACUAAAAAGAAGAAGCCUGUCAGUGGAUCAUUUAAAUUCCCAAGGGACAGCUCCACUGCAGUGUAAUGCCAGUUUUAACAUCAGGCAAACAAGACUAGGUGUAGUUGAAUUUUUCAGCUUUCAAAUUCCCAAAAAUGAGGAGUGCUAAAAAAGUUGGAACAUGACUUGGGAAUUCAAAAGAUAUUUUUGUUAAAUUAAUGUAAUUCAAUUUUGCUUGGUAAGCAAAACAUGUGUAAAAUUGUACAGAAAUCACUAAAAAUGAUUGCCAAGUACUUGCAGUUAUAUAUUACCAUUAUUUUUUAUUAUUAUCUAGUAUUACCUGACAUUUUCAGAAGGUAUAAAUUAAAAUUCUGUAGUUUUCCAAAAGCAGUUUAUGUGCUUCUUCAUCAAACUUAAACCAAGCUAAAUGUUGUCCAAUCAUAAAAAUAAUAGCAGAUUUGAAUUCCUCACACCCAAAAACCUAUUUUUAAGACAACAUUGGAUGGCCAUCAGUGAUGCAUGCUUUUGUUGAGAUUCCUGCAUUCCAGGGGGUUGGAUUAGGUGACUUUUGGUGUCUCUUCCAAUUUUGUAAUUCUAUGAUAGAGUCCCCAGACUGGGACUCAAGGUGGUUUACAGAUAAAAAAUAGAAAAGCAUAGAUAUAAAACAGAAAAAGCUAAAAACAUAAGAAGAGUUUCUACUUAGCCAGCCUUUGUUUUGCAUUUGUGGGAGCAUUUCAGACUUGUACUCCUGCAAUCAGUGAGAAUCAUCAAUGAGCAGAGAAAGAAAUAGGAAACAAAUGGAGGUUUUAUUUUCAGUGGUCAGUGAAUAGAACACAAUUAGCAAUGUAGAGUUGUUUUAACAGAUCAUUGCUUGUCUUAUAUUGCUUUCUUUAUUUCAGCUUUGAGUCCCAGGUGGAAUGAAACAUUCACAUUUAACAUCCAAGUUCCAGAGCUUGCCUUAGUACGAUUUGUUGUAGAAGAUCAGCUUUCUCUCACUUCCAAUGACUUCCUUGGGCAAUAUACUUUACCACUUCUGAGCAUGAAUAAAGGUAUUAGUCCCCCUCCCCCCCAUGCACAAAUCCCUAACAACAAAUUUUUCUCUUCUUGAUUAUGAUAUGCAACAUAGCCUUAAAUUGAGUGCUUCCAAGGUACAGUGGUUGUGUUACUAUCAUUGCUGAAACCAGAUCUGUUCAAAAAAUUGCUGUGGUGUUACUAUUUUUAACCAUGUUAGUUGCCUAGCUUUAAUUUGUGACAUUGUGCAGAAUUGAAUGGGGCGUUAAUUGCAUUACUUGUUGAGUCUUCACUGUUCCUAAAAGUGUGAACUCUGCUUUCCCUUUUAUACAGAUCAACAAUGUUGUCUUUUAAUGUGCAUCCUUUUGGAAUUUCUGCAUUCUUCAUUUAUUUCAGCUGCAGGAGCUGUCCUGUGCUCUACCACAUGUUUACUUUGUUACUUACAAUUGUAGCUGACCCUUCUAGGUGAAUGUAAGGUAAAGGGACCCCUGUCCAUUAGGUCCAGUCGUGGCCGACUCUGGGGUUGCGGCGCUCAUUUCGCUUUAUUGGCUGAGGGAGCCGGUGUUUAUCUGCAGAAAGCUUCCGGGUCAUGUGGCCAGCAUGACUAAGCUGCUUCUGGCGAACAAGAGCAACGCACGGAAACGCCGUUUACCUUCCCGCCAGAGCGGUACCUAUUUAUCUACUUGCACUUUGAUGUGCUUUUGAACUGCUAGGCUGGCAGAAGCAGGGACUGAGCAAUGGGAGCUCACCCCGUCGUGGGGAUUUGAACCGCUGACCUUCUGAUCGGCAAGUCCUAGGCUCUGUGGUUUAACCCACAGAGCCACCCGUGUCCCUUCUAGGUGAAUGUAGGGGCCAGGUAAUACAUUGGUUCACAUACAGUUGUUUUAGGAGUUUGCAGGUCCAUAAUGGUGCUUACAACCUAUUUGUGUGAACCGGUACCUCCAUGUAUUUCUGUAGCCAUCCUGAUUCCCAGGAUGCCACUGGCCACAUCCUCAAGGCUGCAAGCCCAGUGACUGCUCUGUGCGCUCAUAGGUUCUUAUUGGAACAUAGGAACUUGUCUUUUAGCAAGUCAAACAUUGGGUUCUUGCUCUGCACUGUGUACACUGACUGGCAGUGACUCUCCGGGGAUUCAGGCAGAAGUCUUUACCAGCCCUACCUGAAGAUGUGAAGAGGACUGAACAUGGCUCCCUCCUAGGUUCCAUUUCUUGGGACAGAACUAAGGUUUACAUGUCUAUGUGAAUCACUUUGCCUGUAAUCCACUCAUUCAUUGCUAUUGCAUUUACAGGUUAUCGCCAGGUUCCACUUUUUUCCAAACUUGGUGUCAACCUGCGUCCUGCUUCACUCUUUGUGCAUAUUUGGUACUUUAACCAAUAA